AUGUUCUUAUAAGAAGCGCAGAACUCAGUGCAGAAGAGAGGAGACAGCGCUGAGACCAGAAGAGCAGACCUUAAAUAUUGUGUGCAGCAGGGUCGUUACAGCGGUGGGUGACUUUAUACAUGGUUCUGAGCGAAUAAGCAAAAAAGAUCUAAUUCUCUGUGUGAGUGUUGUGGAACUGCAGUUACUCCUUUAAUGCAUGUGUGCUUGUAUUUGUCCCGAUAGGUGUGUGAGUUGUCAGGUAGAGCGAUGACAAGUGACUGCCUUUAUGGUAUUGCUUGGUACAUCAUGGAUAUGCUUUGGAUCACCGCUGCUCUUUAUGAUAUUUACUGGAUACAAGCAGUUUCGUAAAUUACAUUUACUGGGCACAAUCAGUGUUGUGCUUUGCGGUUUCUGGUUGCAAGUUAUUCUGUGUUGCAUUGACUUCGCACAAUUCACACUCUAUAUGAAGCUUGUGGGGUACAUACAUGCAGUAUUGUAUAUUUAGUUUGUGCAAGAAGUUUACUGGGCACAACAAUACCAUACAAAGAGCCUACAGAAGGCUUUCUGGGCACAAGCAAAACUGUGAAUGGGAUGUGCUGUUGGGCACAAGCGGCAUUGCCCGUGGAAUGUGUUUGUACUGGGCACAAGCUGCACUUUCAGUAGAAAGUACUUGGCGCAAGCUGCCUUUUUAAUAGAAUGUGCUGGGCACAAGCUGCCCUGUUAAUAGAAUGUAUAGGGCACAAGCUGCACUGUUAAUAUAAUGUACUGGGCACAAGCUGCGCUGUUAAUAUAAUGUACUGGGCACAAGCUGCACUGUUAAUAGAAUGUACUGGGCACAAACUCUGCUGCUAAUAGAAUGUUCUGGGCACCAGCUGCACUGUCAGUAGAAAGUACUGGGCGCAAGCUGCCCUUUUAAUAGAAUGUGCUGGGCACAAGCUGCGCUGUUAAUAGAAUGUACUGGGCACAAGCUGUGCUGUUAAUAAAAUGUACUGGGCAAUAACUGCGCUGUUAAUAGAAUGUCCCGGGCACAAACUCUGCUGCCAAUAGAAUGUACUGGGCACAAGCUGCGCUGUCAGUAGAAAGUACUGGGCGCAAGCUGCCCUGUUAAUAGAAUGUGCUGGGAAUAAACUGUGCUGUUAAUAGAAUGUAUUGGGCACUAGCUGCACUGUUAAAAGAAUGUUCUGGGCACAAGCUGCGCUGUCAGUAGAAAGUACUGGGCGCAAGCUGCACUGUCAGUAGAAUGUGCUGGGCGCAAGCUGCCCUGUUAAUAGAAUGUGCUGGGCACAAGCUGCACUGUUAAUAGAAUGUACUGGGCACAAACUCUGCUGCCAAUAGAAUGUACUAGGCACAAGCUGCACUGUCAGUAGAAAGUACUGUGCACAAACUGCCCUGUUAAUAGAAUGUCCUGGGCACAAGCUGCGCUGUUAAUAGAAUGUACUGGGCAUAAACUGUGCUGUUAAUAGAAUGUAUUGGGCACUAGCUGCGCUGUUAAAAGAAUGUUCUGGGCACAAGCUGCACUGUCAGUAGAAAGUACUGGGCGCAAGCUGGCCUGUUAAUAGAAUGUGCUGGGCACACGCUGCGCUGUCAGUAGAAUGUACUGGGCAUAAACUGUGCUAUUAAUGGAAUGUACUGGUAACAAACUGCUGAAAUUAGAAUGUACUGGGCACAAGCGGCUCGGUCAGAAUGUACUGGGCACAACUGUGCUGCUAAUAGAAUGUACUGGGCAUAAACUGCAUUGUUGAUAGAAUGUAAAGGGCACAAGCUGCGUUGUUUACAGAAUGUACUAGGCACAAUCUGUGCUACUAAUAGAAUGUACUGGGCAUAAAUUGCACAGUUAAUAGAAUGUACUGGGCACAAGCUGUGCUGUUAGAAUGUACUGGGCAUAAACUGCUCUUCUAAUAGAAUGUACUGGGUACAGUCUGGGCUGCUAUUAGAGUGUACUGGGCACACACUGCGCUGCUAAUGGAAUGUACUGGUCAUAAAUAGCGCAGUUAAUAGAAUGUACUGGGCACAAACUGCAUUGUUUAUAGAAUGUACUGGGCACACACUGCAUUGUUUGUAGAAUGUACUGGGCACACACUGCGUUGUUAGUAGAAUGUACUGGUCACACACUGCGCUGUUAAUACAAUGAACUGGGCAAAAACUGCGCUGUUAAUAGAAUGUACUAGGACAAGCUGCACUGUUAAGAAAAUGUACUGGGCACUGACAGCGCUAUUAAUAGAAUGUACUGUUCACUAGCAGAGUGUUGCAUAUUAUGUACAGGAGCUGCACUGUAGUUGUGAUUUGGUGUACAAGAAACUGCAUGGAGUUUGGCAUAAUGCGAAGUAAAGGAAUUAUUGUGCAUGGAUUUUGUUGGGUACAAGCUGUGCAGAUAAUGUGCUGGGCAAAAGAAGGGCUGUGUGGAUAGUGUGCCAGGUACAAGGAAGGCUUUGCAGAUAAUGUGCCGAGCACAAGGAGGGCUGUACAGAUAGUGUACCGGGCACAAUGAGAGCUGUGCAAAUAGUGUGCCAGGCGCAAGGAGAGCUGUGCAGAUAGUGUGCCGGGUGCAAGGAGGGCUGUGCGGAUAGUGUGCUGGGCGCAAGGAGGACGGUGCAGAUACUGUGCUGGGCACAGGAGGGCUGUGUGGAUAGUGUGCAAGGUACAAGGAGAGCUGUGCAGAUAAUGUGCUGUGCACAAGGAGGGCUGUGCGGAUAGUGUGCCGGGCAAAAGGAGAGCAGUGCGGAUAAAGUGCCAGGUACAAGAAGGACAGUGCGGAUAGUGUGCCGGGCACAAGGAGGGCUGUGCGGAUAGUGUGCCAGGCACAAGGAGGGCUGUGCGGAUAGUGUGCCGGCACAAGGAGGGCUGUGCGGAUAGUGUGCCGGGCACAAGGAGGGCUGUGCGGAUAGUGUGCUGGGCACAAGGAGUGCUGUGCGGAUAGUGUGCCAGGCACAAGGAGUGCUGUGCGGAUAGUGUGCCGGGCACAAGGAGAGCUGUGCAAAUAGUGUGCCGGGUGCAAGGAGGGCUGUGCGGAUAGUGUGCUGGGCGCAAGGAGGGUGGUGCAGAUACUGUGCCGGGCACAGGGAGGGCUGUGUGGAUAGUGUGCAAGGUACAAGGAGAGCUGUGCAGAUAAUGUGCUGUGCACAAGGAGGGCUGUGCGGAUAAAGUGCCGGGUACAAGAAGGACAGUGCGGAUAGUCUGCAGGGCACAAGGAGGGCUGUGCAGAUAGCGUGCCAGGCACAAGGAGGGCUGUGCGGAUAGUGUGCCAGGCACAAGGAGGGUUGUGCGGAUAGUGUGCCAGGCACAAGAAGGACAGUGCAGAUAGUGUGCCAGGCACAAGGAGGGCUGUGCAGAUAGUGUGCCGGGCACAAGGAGGGCUGUGCAGGUAGUGUGCCGGGCACAAGGAGUGCUGUGCAGGUAGUGUGCCGGGCACAAGGAGGGCUGUGCGGGUAGUGUGCCAGGCACAAGGAGGGCUGUGCGGAUAGUGUGCCAGGCACAAGGAGGGCUGUGCGGAUAGUGUGCCAGGCACAAGGAGGGCUGUGCGGAUAGUGUGCCAGGCACAAGGAGGGCUGUGCAGAUAGUGUGCUGGGCACAGGGAAGGUUGUGUGUAUACUGUGCCAGGCACAGGAAGAGCUGUGUGUAUGCUGUGCCGGGCACAGGAGGGGCUGUGCGAAUACUGGGCUGGGCAGAGGGAGGGCUGUGCAGAUAAUGUGCCAGGCACAGGGAGGGCUGUGCUGGCACAAACUUUCUGUAGCAUUACCAGUGUGUGGCAUUUAAUGGGCACAAUUAGUGCUCUCUGCUAGAUUUAGAUAUUGUUUACAGGCUAAGGCCUAAAAUCUUUAUUUUCCCACAAUAUUAAAUGUACUAAAUAAACCUCUCUGCAGUGAGAGGUGGCCAUGUUGCUUCUUUAAUUAUGGCCUCUUAAACACACAGGCUGCAAAGCAGCAAUGACUUUACUGAAGCACUGAAACGUUUGUUUCCCAUGCGUCCCCAAUAAAAUGAAGCAAGCUAGUAUCAGAUGACUACAGUAAAUAUAGUGUAACUCGAGAUAUUUAUAUUUCUUCUUGCGAGGUGCCUGGAUGGCUGCAUGGUGUUACAGAGCAUUAUGUACGGCACAGGGUACAGGUUGGGUAUAACUGGCCCAGGCUGUAAGCUGCUGAUCCUGGGUGUUUUACAAUACUAAAGAGUAAUAAUAAUAGAGUACCUUUAGGUGAUUGCGGAAAAUUUAUUUAUAAAUUCAUUUUUGUUGAGAGGGUGCAAAGUUUUUUUUUGUUAAUGAUUAUUAUUUUUUAUUUACGUAUUUAUUUAAACGUGCAUGAAUUAAAUAUUUACAUGUAUAGUAACCUGUAACUGUAGCAGUGUAAAAUAUAUUACACGGCUACACUGAAUGGGAGCUAUUAAUGGACUCUUACACUGCUACACUGAAUGGGAGCUAUUAAUGGGCUCUUACACUGCUACACUGAAUGGGAGCUAUUAAUGGGCUCUUACACGGCUACACUGAAUGGGAGCUAUUAGUGGGUACUUACACAGCUACACUGAAUGGGAGCUAUUAAUGGGCUCUUACACGGCUACACUGAAUGGGAGCUAUUAAUGGGCUCUUACACUGCUACACUGAAUGGGAGCUAUUAAUGGGUACUUACACUGCUACACUGAAUGGGAGCUAUUAAUGGGCUCUUACACUGCUACACUGAAUGGGAGCUAUUAAUGGACUCUUACACUGCUACACUGAAUGGGAGCUAUUAAUGGGUACUUACACUGCUACACUGAAUGGGAGCUAUUAAUGGGCUCUUACACUGCUACACUGAAUGGGAGCUAUUAGUGGGCUCUUACACUGCUACACUGAAUGGGAGCUAUUAAUGGGCUCUUACACGGCUACACUGAAUGGGAGCUAUUAAUGGGCUCUUACACUGCUACACUGAAUGGGAGCUAUUAAUGCGUACUUACACUGCUACACUGAAUGGGAGCUAUUAAUGGGCUCUUACACUGCUACACUGAAUGGGAACUAUUAAUGGGUACUUACACAGCCACACUGAAUGGGAGCUAUUAAUGGGCUCUUACACUGCUACACUGAAUGGGAGCUAUUAAUGGGCUCUUACACUGCUACACUGAAUGGGAGAUAUUAAUGGGCUCUUACACUGCUACACUGAAUGGGAGCUAUUAAUGGGCUCUUACACGACUACACUGAAUGGGAGCUAUUAAUGGGCUCUUACACUGCUACACUGAAUGGGAGCUAUUAAUUGGCUCUUACACUGCUACACUGAAUGGGAGCUAUUAAUGGGCUCUUACACUGCUACACUGAAUGGGAGCUAUUAAUGGGCUCUUACACGGCUACACUGAAUGGGAGCUAUUAAUGGGCUCUUACACUGCUACACUGAAUGGGAGCUAUUAAUGGGUACUUAUACUGCUACAUUGAAUGGGAGCUAUUAAUUGGUACUUACACUGCUACACUGAAUGGGAGCUAUUAAUGGGUACUUAUACUGCUACAUUGAAUGGGAGCUAUUAAUUGGUACUUAUACUGCUACACUGAAUGGGAGCUAUUAAUGGGUACUUACAUUCCUACACUGAAUGGCUGCUAUUAAUGGGCUCUUACACGGCUACACUGAAUGGGAGCUAUUAAUGGGUACUUACACUGCUACACUGAAUGGCUGCUAUUAAUGGGUACUUACACUGCUACACUAAAUGGCUGCUGUUAAUGGGCUCUUACACUGCUACACUGAAUGGGAGCUAUUAAUGGGCUCUUACAUUGCUACACUGAAUGGGAGCUAUUAAUGGGAUCUUAAAUUGCUACCCUGAAUGGCUGCUAUUAAUGGGUACUUACACUACUACACUAAAUGGCUGCUGUUAAUGGGCUCUUACAUUACUACACUAAAUGGGAGCUAUUAAUGGGCUCUUACACUGCUACACUGAAUGGGAGCUAUUAAUGGGCUCUUACAUUACUACACUGAAUGGCUGCUAUUAAUGGGUACUUACACUGCUACAUUGAAUGGGAGCUAUUAAUGGGUACUUACACUGCUACACUGAAUGGGAGCUAUUAAUGGGUACUUACACUGCUACACUGAACGGGAGCUAUUAAUGGGUACUUACACUGCUACACUGAACGGGAGCUAUUAAUGGGUACUUACACUACUACACUGAAUGGGAGCUAUUAAUGGGAUCUUACACUACUACACUGAAUGGGAGCUAUUAAUGGGAUCUUACACUACUACACUGAAUGGGAGCUAUUAAUGGACUCUUACACUGCUACACUGAAUGGGAGAUAUUAAUGGGUACUUACACUACUACACUGAAUGGGAGCUAUUAAUGGGAUCUUACACUACUACACUGAAUGGGAGCUAUUAAUGGGUACUUACACUACUACACUGAAUGGGAGCUAUUAAUGGGAUCUUACACUACUACACUGAAUGGGAGCUAUUAAUGGGUACUUACACUACUACACUGAAUGGGAGAUAUUAAUGGGAUCUUACAUUGCUACACUGAAUGGGAGCUAUUAAUGGGUACUUACACUGCUACACUGAAUGGGAGCUAUUAAUGGGUACUUACACGGCUACACUGAAUGGCUGCUAUUAAUGGGCUCUUACACUGCUACAUUGAAUGGCUGCUAUUAAUGGGAUCUUACACUGCUACACUGAAUGGGAGCUAUUAAUGGGCACUUACACUGCUACACUGAAUGGGAGCUAUUAAUGGGAUCUUACAUUGCUACACUGAAUGGCUGCUAUUAAUGGGAUCUUACACUACUACACUGAAUGGAAGCUAUUAAUGGGAUCUUACACUGCUACACUGAAUGGGAGCUAUUAAUGGGCACUUACACUGCUACACUGAAUGGGAGCUAUUAAUGUGCUCUUACAUUGCUACACUGAAUGGCUGCUAUUAAUGGGAUCUUACAUUACUACACUGAAUGGCUGCUAUUAAAGGGUACUUACAUUGCUACACUGAAUGGGAGCUAUUAAUAGGAUCUUACACUACUACACUGAAUGGGAGCUAUUAAUGGGCUCUUACACUGCUACACUGAAUGGGUGCUAUUAAUGGGUACUUAUACUGCUACACUGAAUGGGAGCUAUUAAUGGGUACUUACACUACUACACUGAAUGGAAGUAUUAAUGGGCUCUUACACUGCUACACUGAAUGGCUGCUAUUAAUGGGCUCUUACACUGCUACACUGAAUGGGAGCUAUUAAUGGGCUCUUACACUGCUACACUGAAUGGGAGCUAUUAAUGGGUACUUACACUGCUACACUGAAUGGGAGCUAUUAAUGGGUACUUACACUACUACACUGAAUGGAAGUAUUAAUGGGCUCUUACACUGCUACACUGAAGGGCUGCUAUUAAUGGGCUCUUACACUGCUACACUAAAUGGGAGCUAUUAAUGGGCUCUUACACUGCUACACUGAAUGGGAGCUAUUAAUGGAUACUUACACUGCUACACUGAAUGGGAGCUAUUAAUGGGUACUUACACGGCUACACUGAAUGGCUGCUAUUAAUGGGCUCUUACACUGCUACAUUGAAUGGCUGCUAUUAAUGGGAUCUUACACUGCUACACUGAAUGGGAGCUAUUAAUGGGCUCUUACACUGCUACACUGAAUGGGAGCUAUUAAUGGGAUCUUACAUUGCUACACUGAAUGGCUGCUAUUAAUGGGAUCUUACACUACUACACUGAAUGGAAGCUAUUAAUGGGAUCUUACACUGCUACACUGAAUGGGAGCUAUUAAUGGACUCUUACACUGCUACACUGAAUGGGAGCUAUUAAUGGGCACUUACACUGCUACACUGAAUGGGAGCUAUUAAUGGGCUCUUACAUUGCUACACUGAAUGGCUGCUAUUAAUGGGAUCUUACAUUACUACACUGAAUGGCUGCUAUUAAAGGGUACUUACAUUGCUACACUGAAUGGGAGCUAUUAAUGGGCUCUUACACUGCUACACUGAAUGGGUGCUAUUAAUGGGUACUUAUACUGCUACACUGAAUGGGAGCUAUUAAUGGGUACUUACACUACUACACUGAAUGGAAGUAUUAAUGGGCUCUUACACUGCUACACUGAAUGGCUGCUAUUAAUGGGCUCUUACACUGCUACACUAAAUGGGAGCUAUUAAUGGGCUCUUACACUGCUACACUGAAUGGGAGCUAUUAAUGGGUACUUACACUGCUACACUGAAUGGGAGCUAUUAAUUGGAUCUUACAUUGCUACACUGAAUGGCUGCUAUUAAUGGGCUCUUACACUGCUACACCGAAUGGGAGCUAUUAAUGGGCUCUUACAAUGCUACACUGAAUGGCUGCUAUUAAUGGGUACUUACACUGCUACAUUGAAUGGGUGCUUUUAAUGGGCAUGUAAAAUAUGAAUACUUGGUGUGGAAUUUGCUCUGUAAUACAGGGUUUGUUGUAUUGCUGAGCAUGAACACAGGAAGGUUGCCUGUUAUGCAUCACAUAUACAUUGUAGUACUGUAGCGGAGAGCAGUGGUAGCAGGGCUUCUUCUCCGCUGGUUACACCAAUAGCUAUUCAGGAACAAGCUGGAAACUUCAAGACAGCAGGCAUAAAUACAAGAUAAUCCACGAAUAUCCCAUCACCCUUCCCAAUAACUGGACGACACUCAGUAUUAGGAGCAGAACUGAUCCUUUAAUGGCCAGGCUGGCCUUUUAUGCAGGUUUUGCCCUAAAGGUUACCACCCAGGUGGACCUUGUGGGGCACCAAUAAAAAUAUACAUCAACCAGUAAAAACAGAGUUAAGUCACAAGAAACUCCCAUACACUGUAUACAAUCCCUCUCCUCUGCUCAGGGGAUAAUUGAGUUAAUUACUGUAUCAACUCAGUUAUCCCAAAAUAAAUAAAAUCAUACGUUUCACACUUUUCUGAAAACACUCCAAGAACAUAUCAUACAUUCAUAAUUCCAGCAUCCCCUGAUAGCCCCGAUCUGGUGGAGCAACAUACUGAAAAUUCACCCAGAUCGGUUCAGAGGUUCAAAAGUUUUAUAGAGGUCUUUUACCGUUCUACCGACCGCACACGAGGUGUAAGCCGAGAAUAGUUCCAUGAGUUUUGGCCGUGGAUUCGGUCUCCAUUACUGAGCUUGAAAUGUAUGAAAAUGUAUAACAGAAUGGUUUGUAUCUUUGUUCAUUUAUUCCCCUCAUUCGUAUGACUCUUUUCACCGAACGCAACCCUGUUCUCUUGAUUUCCCACCAACUUUUGCGAGGAUGGAAGUCUCUGCGAUGUUCGUGCUGUCGUGUGUCCGAUUUGGGUUCCAGACACUCGACGACCAAACACCGCUGGUGCAAUUCGCAUGUAAAGAUGGCCGCCACCAUGUGUUCAUAUGCUGAACGGCGGCCACCCAGGGAACACCUAGUUAGUUUGUGCGGUUGGCAAUUAAAGUAGUGUGAAUACAGUUAGGGAGGUCAAUUGAUGCCACUCUCCUCUCCUGGGUGGCCUGGUUGUUCGGGAGUUUGUUUGUUUGUCGAACAAUAUGGUGUACAAUAGUUGAAAUAGGAUUCCUACCGAACAACCAGACGAAUGAGAGUUAAUAUUACAGUGUUACUUGGAUCUUCAUGUAACCAACAGGGCAAGUAACUGAAAUAUAGUAACAAAUAUGGUGGUUGGACAGCCCUCAGCAAAAGGAAGGUACUGUGGCAAAGCCCAUUCCGCUACAAGUACUAUCUGUUUGGUAUAGGGAGAAAUGCACACUGCAGUACUUUUAGUUUGGCUUUACUGUAUACAUGUGUUGAAGUGAUAGUUGUUUGGUAUUACUUGCCAUGUACAUUGCAACACUGGCUGUAUGGUGUUACUGGUUUUAUAAUAUACAAUUCCUAUAAUUAUUUUUGCUAGGAAGUAGUCCAAGAUGUUUAAAGCCUACCUCCCAACUGUCCCAAAUUUUGGCCACAAAUCCCUUUAUUGCUGGUGUGUCUGAGUGUAUAACAGAGCUCCACAGCAAUAUUACAGUAAAUGUGUUUAGAAAUCAGUCUGUGUAAAUACGAUACAUUGUUCUUGUUCUAAAUUACAUUUUAGUUUUUAAAUUAUUAGUAAAAUCACCUAAAAUAUCUCAAGCCACACCCUCAGCCACUAUCUCAAAUUAAAGUAUAUCUGUGCCUUUGAAUGUUUGGUGUGUGACUGAUAUUUCUGAGCAUAUCCAAUACUGUCUGUGCAGUAUUACUGGUCAUGUAGGUUGUAACACUGCAAGUGUGGUGUAACUGGUUGCAUACAGCGUUAUACUAGCUUCACGUGUACAUACAAUGCUUCCGGUUUAACUGUCCAUGUUUGCUGCUGCAAGUGGUGUGUGGUAAGAUUGAUCACAUAUAUUAUUAUUAUUGGUAUUUAUAUAGCGCCAACUAAUUCCGCAGCGCUUUACAAUAUUACGAAAAGGGGGGAAAUUUACAAUACAUGAGACAAUUAUACAGUGACACAGGAACAAUAGGUAGGUGAGGACCCUGCUCAUAUGAGCUUACUCCAGUAUUGUCUUUGUGGUAUUAUUGGGCACAUAGAAAGUGAUACUGACUGUCACGUAUUAUUGAAAAGGCAAAAUUGGCAGCUGGCCAGAGUGGAUGAAAUGGUGCAAGGGUUCCCAGCUUUUCUUACAUCCUGACCACGGUAAUGGCUGAGAUACAGAUACCUGGCGGCAUACAGGUAGUAAGGAGCAUGUGCCAUAAUCACAGACCAUAAGGGAAGCUUGCAAAGAAGUCACACAGCUUGCUGGUGGGCCUCACAGGAACCUGAUGUUGGUGGAGAGACUGAAGGAACAGAGAUUCAGACAGGUAUACAAAAUUAACCUGUCUUUAAAUUAUAAUUAUUGAUCAAUUAUUUCAGGUAAUGAUUAGCGUACGGUCAGGAGGGAGAUGCGAACAAUGACUUGGGAGAGAGUGCUUUGCUCUGAGUUUAUUGUAUGAGAGAGAUGUAUGGAUCAAACUUCAUACAGAUUUGCAAUGUUAUCAGGCAGUUUUAUGAGACUAUUUUAUGCAGUGCUGGGGAACUAAAGAAUGACGACUUGUCAGACAUGAUAUAGAUUGUCUGAUCACAAUGAUCUUUGUAACAGUACCUAAAUUACACAAAUUACACAAUUCCCACCUAUCCAUCAAAGCAAAUUCAAAUGGCACACUGUCCGCAGUCCACUCUUUCAAAUACUUGGUAUGAUGUUAGACCCCAAUCUAUCUUUUGGCCUGCACAUAGAAAAGCUUGCAUCUAAACUUUAUCCAAAAAUAGGUGCCCUGUACAGAAACAAAUCCUGCCUAAGCCCUACAGUAAAGGAAAAGAUUGUACAGCAAAUGCUGAUGCCAAUCAUUGAUUAUGGGGAUGUAGUGUAUGCAUCUGCAUCGCAAUCCCACAUUAAUAAACUGAAUACAUUGUAUAACUCGUUCUGCCAAUUUGUGCUACAAUGUAAUUACAGGACCCACCAUUGUGACAUGCUAAAAGAAUUAAACUGGCUGUUGCUGGAAUCCAGACGCACCCUUCAUCUUUCCAGCCUUGUGUUUAAGAGUUUUUCUGGGAAACUCCCACCCUACCUGAACAAAAUGCUUUCCCCAGCUGUUCCCACUUCCUAUAACCUCCGAUCCAGUACCAACACUUUACUUAGUCUACUUCAAUACAAAAAGAAAGCGGCCCAAUCCUCCUUCUCCUACAGAGCACCGCAAUUGUGGAACGACCUCCCGUACAAUUUAAAAUCUUCCCUAAGCCUAAAGUAAUUUAAGAGAUCCCUCUCUACAUACCUAAAAACAGAAUGCACCUGUCAUGGUUGAUUAUAUAUUACAUUUUGUAUUUAUUGUGUAUUAAUAUUGUUUUUGUAUUUUAUUGUACCCUAAUGUAACAAUGCAAUGAUUUGUGGACCCAGGACAUACUUGAAAAUGAGAGAAAUCUCAAUGUAUCUUUCCUGGUAAAAUAUUUUAUAAAUAUAAAUAUAUAUCUUUCCCACAUGUGAUAAGACCUAGCUGAUCCUGGUAGACAUUGAGCCAAGUAAGCCUGAUGAUCUUUCAACAUCAGAACAGUCACGUUGUAAUUUAAAGUCUUAAGGCACUUCACAUAAGGAAAGGUUAAAGGGAUACUAUAGUCACCAGAACCAUUGCUGCCUAGUGGCAGUCACUUGGAAUGUCACGGAGUACACGCUCAACAUACAUCUAACGUUGAGAUUGUUUUCUGCGUGGAGUAACACUGUAGAAAGCCACAAAACUGUGUAUGGUGCUUGGAGUGUCCCAUUAAUGUAACAUGAAAUCUUGGCAUUACAUAUCUUCAAUGUCAACACUAUAAUGAAGGUUGGAAAGCCACAUUGCCUCUUGAAGCUGCCCAUAAAGAUCAAAGAUCAGUGAUAUUGGACAUUGUUUUUUGUUUAAUGUAUUCAGGUCCUUUUAGUCUGUGCUGUAUAUCUAGAAACUACCACUAUAAAAUUGUUUAAAGUAAGCAGGGCCCUCAAUGCUGCCUUUUCCUGUGCCUUCACCUGAUGUUGUUUCCAAUAUUUGUCUGUUAGUCCACCCAUUGUACAGGGCUGCGGAAUUUGUUGGUGCUUUAUAAAUAAUAAUAACAAUAUAAAAAGGCUCUGUCACUUCUUUGUAAUAACUGUUAUAGCCUACUCACUCCCUUGUUUAUCCUGUCAUUUUUUUAAAAAUUUGUUUUCUUCAAUAUUUUGCCUUUUUGCAAAGUUAUAGAUAAGGAAAAGUCAUGAGCAGAGGUUGACUAAGGGUGGUGAUUUAGUCACGCUCCACGGUCUUUGUCAGUUUUGCAAUUGGCUGGCAUAGGUAUUCACCUCACUUAGUGUUCAGCAUUUUGGGGGGAAGAUUUAUCAAAAUGGUGUGUUCUGAAAAAUGGUGCAAAGUGCUAAAAGGUGGGGGUUCACAGUGGAAAUCAGUAGGACAAGCAGGCCCCUUUCUUUGUAAAUCAUUCCCUUUUACAUCUUUCCACGACUUUUAUAGAGCACAGCACGGUGAUAAAGUUCCCCGUUGUAUAGCACUUGAGACUUUACAAAGUAGUUUCACCAUUAUAUUUAUAGUACAAUUGUGCAUGCAAUUGGGUAACAUGAUUUCAAAGACUGAUACCUGUAAUUUCCGUUGACACAAUAUGUCAAUACCGAAAAAACAAAAGUCAACAACAAAAUAGGUAAAACUAACUGAAAUUGUGGCUCAGCAGAUAUAUGAAAGCAUAACUGUUCCAAAACCAUGGAACAUUCUAGUGUCUCCUGCAUAUUUUUCGGAGUAAAGUUAGGGAGAAGGUAGAUUUUUGUGACUAAAAACACAAAAUUGUAAGCCACCCUAACAUUUAAUUAUUAUUCUAGGUUAGGUUUGUGAUACUUCUCUAUUGGAAUGUAAUGUUAUGUUUUGCCCUAUCUUAAAGGGACACUAUAGUCACCAGAAUAACUACAGCUUAUUGUAUUUGUUCUGGUGAGUAGAAUCAUUCCCCUCUGGCUUUUUGCAGUAAACACUGUGUUUUCAGAGAUAAUACAGUGUAUACUUUACAGCCUAGGGAUAACUCCACUGGCCACUCCUCAGAUGGCUGCUAAAGGUGCUUCCUGGGGCAGUGCUGCAUAUUGUGCAGUCCUGCAAUUCAGUGUCUCCGCCCUCUGCAUGCAGACACUGAACUUUCCUCAAUUCAUCUCUAUGAGGAUAUGCUGAUUGGCCAUGUCUGUGUUUGAUGUGUGCUAGCUUUGACCCUGAUCUGCCUCCUUGACAGUCUCAGCCAAUCCUAUGGGAAAGCAUUGCGAUUGGCACAAAACAACACUUCUGAUGAUGUCCGCAGACAGCAGGCAGUUUAGGGGCAGAAGCAGCAGCUGCAGACUUUAUACAAGUAAGAUUUUACUAUAUUUAGGAAGGCAAGUGGGAGGCAAGGGACGGUGGGCUGGAUGGUGGUUUUAACACAAUAGGGACAGGAAUACAUGUUUGUGUUCCUGACCCUAUAGUGUUCCUUUAACUGUUCAUAUGCAGAGUUUAUAGCAUAGGUUUUGAGUGGGAGAGAGUUGUCUGGUGCAUCUGAAGGCAUUGAAUUGAUGGUCAUUAUGGCUUUUGCAGUUUGAGAUAUUGGUGGAAUUUUGACCCGUGGAAUUUUGCUGGUUAAGUAACAGACACAACCAUAUUGUGAAUAUACUGACUGCAAAUAAAGAGCCGAAUUGCAGGAGCAUUGCAGGCAGAUCCGCAACUAAUACCUCUGUCAGAUCAGAAUCAAAGUCGGCUAAUAAAGUGCGCCUUCUUUUCAUCACCAUACAAUAUUUACGGCUUUACUCGUUCAUACAAAUUACCUGUAAAUACUGUACCUUCUGUUACAAGAAAUAGCAAACCGACCGGUUAGUGUCUAACCAGUGUUUGGACUAACUGUUGGUUUCCAAACACUGUCUGACCCAUGGUACAGCUAUAUGGCUGAAGGAUCCUGUCAUAUACUAAAGAUAGGGAUGAGUUGUAUACAAAAAAAAAAAAAAUCCUUUAUUAGUAAGUCGUUUUAAGUUGACAGUUGUCCUUUAAGGUACUUCAGAGGUUGUGUUGCACAGUCAGUCUAUACAUUGAUACAUUUUGUGUAUAAUGUAUGGAUUUUGGAGUCCAGGGGGUCCCAGAUUAUUUUUGAUAAUUUGUUUAGUGAACUACUUUGAAUUGAGUCACAUUUAUCGCAUUUGUAUGUGCAGUUAAGACACCUUCAUUUUGCAUUUGGCUUUAUAUUCAGUUAAUGUGUGUUUGUUUUUGUUUUGUAUUUUUUUUAUACUUCUUUUGUAUAUUUGUUUAUUUGUGUAAAUGUUUUUUCCUUUUAUUCCAUUUAGAUAACCUUCCUUUCUUUGCAAGAUGAUUAACUCCAUCUCUCACGCGUUGGUGAUUUUAGGUAAGCAACUUUUUACCUUGCCCUCCGAAAAUAAAAUUAAGUUGAAACAAUCUAAAACAUCAUAGAAACAUAGAAUGUGACGGCAGAUAAGAACCAUUCGGCCCGUCUAGUCUGCCCAAUUUUGAAAUACUAAUAAUAAUAAUGUUUGGCACAUUCAGUGCUUUUCAUCUAAAAUCCAAUAUUGUUACAUGAAGCAAAGUUUUUUUUGUUUUUUUACUAAUAAUUCCUGCUUAAUGGGACAUUCCAAGCUCCACAUUCAUCACAGCAUGCUACUGUCAACAAUGUAACCAUUUUCAGCAGUGUGACACUUGUUAGGGUCACCUGGCCGCCUUCUGGUCUUUUACCUCUCCACAGAUAGCACCAAAGUAAUAGCAAUAUCAGUUCUGUCUGUCUUUAGAUGGUAUUCAUUUCAUGGAAGCCAAUGAUUCUCAUCCCAAGCUCGGACAGUACUGAUAUUGCCAAUGUGACCAUGGGUGCUUGGAAGAGCCAGGUAGGUAUUCAAAAAUGGCUUGACUCUUAUCUGUGAGACAUUACCAGGGAAAUUCUGGCACCAUGCUGUUCAGCCUGUCAUAACUGUUUCACAUGUGUGCAUAUUAUUUCCUUAUGCAAAAUAAUCAUGUAUUUUUAUGUACAUGAGUGGGCCACAAUCUUUUACAGUCUGUUUGAUUUAUUGAUGACACCCAUCUUCAGGCCUCAACUACCCCUUGCCCCCACAUCACUGCUUCUCAAAGCAGGAUGCUCCUUCCUGACACUUAUAUGCCAGCUUCGUUGUCAGUGCAUUGGCAACCUGUCACUAAAUUCCUAUAUUUUUGGUGAUGUCCUAAACACUCCUCUAAUCACAAGCAGAGAAUUGUAACAGAACUACAUCCCACAGCUGUGCCUCUACUGUAGAUGUUAUAAAGGAGGGCAGGAGAACCACCUGUCUAUUAACUCUAGCCUUCAUCCUGUGUUUUUGGCAUAGCCAUGUAUGCAGGGAAUUGAUGAGGGCAGGAGACCCUAAUAUUGUGAGCUUUUUUUCAUCUCAGUGUUGUCACAGUCCACAAGAAUCCAUCACUAGUGAGAUAUGGCUUCCCUCAAAUGGAGAUGUAGCACCAGUCCUAAAUUCCCCAGUUAUGGCUCUUCCUCCUUCGGAACUGAUUGGACUUUAUUGAGCUUUGCAACUUUUAUUGUUUUCCACUUUAGUCAAGGUUUUCUGUCAAUAAAAUGUCAACCCUGGAAAAGCAUUAUCAAAAUGAAUAUGGGAUGGAGAGCGACCUGGGCAAGCAACAGGGCUUUCUUGGAGAGAACUAUGCCUGGCCAGCCAAUUGGGUUACGAUAUGUCUAUAUUUGAAACUCUGCUAACUCAUGGCUACCUAAAUGUGGCAUUUGUAAUUGGAAGCAGACCCUGUAAGUGAAAUGUGCUGUUUAGUAACUGCUGCCUAUUUUAGCCAUUGCUUGCCUGCUAGUUGACUACUCUAUGCACAGUGCCAUUCUGUGACUUCCCAACACAUUAUUAAAGCUAAGAAUGGGGAGGUGGGCUAGUUAUGUAAACACAUUGUAUGCCUUGUGCAUUGGCAAUGCCUGCCCCCUCAUUGUCUGCCAUUUCAAUAUGUUCACAGUAAUAGGCAAACUGCCUCUGAUGCUGUCCCUAUGCCAUAGCAGUUUCCUUCUCUUCCAUUAAUACUAUUAACCUCUACUCUACCUGCUCGCAAAGCCUGUCCUCAAUCUUUGGGUUUCUGGAUUCUUCUAGCUGUGAGGUAGUGGACCCAUUGGGCACAGCAUUGUGUUCUUAGAGAGGGAACGACUGUGCUACUAUAAGGGAUUCAGUGAAGAUGCUUUUAGGAUUCCCUUUUGGUGCCUCCUUGUUUACAAUGUAUGUGUUUCCUGUUUGGGGUUAUUGUGUACAGGAUGAUUAACUAAGGUCUGCCCCUGGUAGCAGUUCUCAUCACUCCCUCUUUCUGGUUCUAGGUGGCCCUGCUGCAACUUUGUAACUGGCCCUCAAGGUUUUUCGUACCAUAUCUUCCUGUGUGAAGUCUAGCACUGCCAAACUGCCCAUCUAGUCUCUCAAUACUGAUUUCCCUAUUUUGAGUUUUCGGGGUUCCUUUCUGUCCCUAAAACUUUCUGAUGGGGACUCCUGGGUGGGUUCCUGCUUGCAUUCCACUUAGAAAUGUUGCACAUUUUCACAUAUUUCCUGGCACUUCUACACAAUGCUGGCGAUGCGAGUUAAAGGAUCAUUAUUACAUAUAUGGUGGACGUGCAACCGUCUUAUUGGACCAUGGUGAGCGAAAUCCUUGCCCGCUUACUACCCAUGCAGAUAGAAUUAACUCCAGCAGUGUGCCUCCUAUACAUAUGGCCAGAAGGCAUGUCCAAAGUCCACACCAAACUAUUAUUCCACACGAUAAUAUCGGCAUGCAACCUCAUAGCUAGAACCUGGAAAACACAAGUAGCCCCCACAAAAACCAUGUUAGUAAACCAAAUCCGAACUCAUGGCAACUCAAAAGCUUGGGAUACGAGGGGCAACAAUAGAGGUGGGACAAAUAUGGGAAACAUACUGGAAUAUGAUGAAACCUCAGAUAGCCGGUGUCGAGUAAGAACAUAUUAUAUAUAGAGACACCACAAGCGGCUACCAAGAGUGAAUAGAGGCACAGGGGAGAAAAAGUAAAGGUCCAGGUGCAACCUGUAAUACCGAAUGCCCACCUAGCGGGCGAGACAACCAACCAAAUCAUCAACCCACACCAAGUGGAUGAAAUACGAAUAAACGCGAUAACACCCACUUGUGUACAUAAGUUAAAUCCCCCCCCCCACCCAUCUAUACCCCUCUCCCCUUACCUUACUGCACCGCAGGGCAUAGAGGUAACCAAAAAAGGUAUAACUACAUGGGAUGUAUGACACGUUUACCCUUGAGACACCUCAUGGAAGAGGUAGCAAGUUCAUACCAUCCAACCUUCCACCAUGGCACCAACAUUGAAUCCACAAAAUAAACACAGCACGGGUGGGGUGCGGAGAACAAGAAAUGUGAUGCAAUGCAGCAUUAAUACCUACCCCCCCCUCUCUUUCUCUCUCGCUGAUGUACCCCCAUUCAUGUUAAAAAUCUGAGCAUGUGGAAGUCGGUCAAUGCUGUGAACAACCACCAUUACUCUGAAGGAUAGUUCCUCCUUUUAAGCGAGACUGUCACUUCUCUGAAAAUCAUACCGUUGAACAAAACAUUGAAAUUAAUUUAUAAUUUAUGUAACAUUUUAUUUUCAUAGGUUUAUGUUCUUUUAAAAUGUGAAUUUUAUGGUGGCUUCAAAUGUUCCUUUAGAGCUUGUGGGAAUGCUUAUAGUUGCAGGGUUUUUUGCCAAUCACCUUCGUUAACUAGUAAGUCUCUCUUAUUAGGGAGCAGGGUGCUUACUGCAUCAUUACCUUCACAGCGGUGCACAGCAGUUAUAGUGCUUACGUUGACUGCCCUGGGAUAUGUGGAAACAUUGUUAAUCUAUUAAAUGGCCUUAAACAGUUUUGUGAAAAUUUCUAAAGGAAUUCUAACUCUUAAUAUUCCGUUUUGUCUGUUCUAAGGCAUCUUUGUACGUUCUGUGGCCUUGGAUCCAAGCACUGGAGAAUGUAAGUGUAUUUCAAAUCUUUUAUCUAAAAUAUGCUUCUAUAGUGGCAUUCAUUAGUAGUGUGCGAUAGGCAUGUCCGUUUGCCUACAUUUAUUAUCACUUUGUUUUUAUUUAUAAAGCACCAAAAUACUCUGAAAUUCUCUACAAAGAUCCAAAGAAAUCAUGGUAAAUUGAAGAACCUGAGUUGUACAUCAUGAGAGUCCUACUCAAACGAACUUACAGUCCAGACACAUUGUCUCAUUUAGGGAAAAAAAUAUAUGUACUUUUAUUUUCUUUUAAAAAGAAAGAAAAAAGAAUUCAUAGAUUGUGAGAUGUUAUAACUUAGAACAGGAAUAAUAAAAAGAUACGUUUCUUACAUAAUGCAUGGUGGUAUUUAAAUAGAAGCCAAACAUUUUCCAUUUUGUUGUAUUUAGUAGAACAUGUGGCUGCAUUGGAAGAGUUUGAUAAGUAACAAUAACUGCAAAUGUAGUGAUCUUUCCAUAAUUGCUGCUGCAUAUUAAACCCAGCUCUGUCUAGAAGAUGUUCCCCAUAUUACAACAUACAGAGAGGUUUACAGCUGUCAAUGUCAAAGAAUUUUAAUGAUUAGAUUUUGAGUUGUGAUGACAGUUAUGAAAUAGGACAAAAUUGGUUCUAAAUAUUGGAAAAAUAGCAUAAACACUAUGCAUUUAAUAGCAUGAACAUAUUUCCAUUUUUUGUUUGUGAUCUUAACUCAUCGUUAGUUAAUACAUCCCUGAGGGCUAAUUUUUUCUGAAAUCUUGUUUUCCUGAUCAACUACUAACCCCAUUCCCCAUUUCCAAAAUGUCCAGUUCCAUUCAAUGUUAUAAACUUCUUAUUUUAUCCCCAGAUGAAGGCUGCUGUUUCAGAUAUUUCAGAGACAAUGUAAAUGAAACAUUUUUUACAUAGCUGAGCUGUGCAGAAUUUCUGAUGGCAAUCCAUAUAUUUUACGUGUGUACUUUUUAUGCAUAUGUAAAUUGUAAAUACAUAUGUUAAAUGCUACGCUUUCAGUUUGGCUACUCUGGCCUUGAAUUUGAAAUUCCCUUUGAACUUUAGUAUAUUACCCUGAAGGGUUUCUUACUGUAGCUCAGUGAGAGAUGUGACAGCUUAACAAACUUUACUCAAGCUGGCUUGGGUGUUAUUCACUCUGAAAUCGUAUGUAUCUGUUAAAGGGAUACUAUAGGCACUCAGACCACUUCAGCUCUGAUCGGUGCGGUUACACUAAAGGAGGGAGAGGUUACUUAUCUUACCUCCAGCGUCUCUCCCUCCAUGCAGCUCCUAAUACAGGGGCCAGGUAAAGCGUUAGGAUGGACGCAGCACUAUAUGAUAGCACCUCCCACAAUGACGUCACUAAUGACUGGAAGUAUUUCUACGUUGUUUCGUUAACGUUACCCAGGAUGAUUGGUUUGACCUCUUGCCCUGGGCAGAACUUGCUCGGAACAACGCUACGCAUGACUCUUCCAAACUUAGUCCUUUUUAUGUUGUAUAUGGUCUCCACCCUGCUGUCUUACCUUCUGUGUUCUCUGAUACAGAUAUCCUCACUCUGGAUGAGCAUCUGACCUCUAUGAGGAAAACAUGGGAUCAGGUUCAUACUGCCUUAGCUGGCACUGCUUCCCGUUUUAAGCAGCAUGUUGAUAAUAGACAUAGUGCUGUACCUUUUUAUCAAGUAGGGGACAGGGUUUGGCUGUCCACUAAACACAUUAGACUGCGGGUACCCUCUAUGAAGUUCGCUCCUAGAUACAUUGGACCUUUCCAUGUGUCACAUAGAAUCAAUCCAGUGUCUUAUGUCCUUGACCUCCCUGCCAAUCUUUGUAUACCUCGUACAUUUCAUGUUUCUUUAUUGAAGCCACUUAUAUACAAUAGAUACACUACUCCUUACUACUACUACUACUACUACUACUACUACUCUGGUGAAUUGGAAGGGUUAUGGUCCUGAGGAACGCUCAUGGGUUCCUGCUGUUAACAUUAAUGCUGGAUGCCUUCUUUGCUGUUUCCAUGCCCUGUAGCCUUAUAAGCCUGGUCCUGCAUGCCCGGUGGGCAGCCUUUGUGUGGGGGGGUACUGUCACGGUGCCCAAUCGGCACCUCAGUGUGGUCACACCAUCACAGUGGCCGAUCAGCACCACGAUGUAACCGCAUCUGAUCAGUGUGGUCACACCAUCACAAUGCCCGAUCGGCACCGUGAUGUGACCGCACCUUACCUCCAGCGCCUCUCCCUAUGUGCAGCUCCUAAUACAGGGGCCAGGUCCAAUGUAAGGAAUAAUGCCGGCUGCUGCAAGGCGGCGCUAUAUGAUGGUGCUGCCCACAAUGACAUCACUAGUGACUUAAAUGUGUGUCUGGCGUUGCGUUUUCACCAUGCACGCACGUUCUGGGGUCACAGGAUCCAAAUUAGCAAAUAGUAGGGUUUACUGGGUUAUUUAAACCAAAACCUGCAGUUUUUCAGUGCCCUGUCGUGGUUUCUAUCCUGUUGGUUAUCCAAGAGUACGUUCCGGAUACUGUUUAUUGGUUAUUGAUCUUGGCUUGGCUUGACUUCCCAUAUUUCUGGUAUUCCUGACCCUUUGGCUUUGUUCUUACUGUAUUUGUUCCUUUCUGUAUUCCUGAUCUCGGCUUGUGACUGGUUAUUCUAUUACGUUGAGAAACUGCAAUAAUUACCUUGCAGGGUUAACUCCAGUGUUGGUUAAAAGCCCAAAAGGAAAGCAUUGAUUCAAGGCUAAAGCAAUCGCGGCACUCUCCUUGCAUGCUCUUAGUGUCGUGUCACCCAGUGCCAAUGCAUGAGAAAGGAGAGAACCUGAAACGUUUGUAUUUCUGUCCUUCCAAUAAAUGUCUAUUGUAACGGCACCCUCAGCAUAAAAGGGUUAAACCGCCAUUUAGAAGAUCUUCCACUUCCAGAGAUACAGGUACAGCUACUGCAGAACUCCAAACUCCCGAACUGCAUACAAGGGAAUGCCCCAAACUCCCGAACUGCAUACAAGGGAAUGCUCCAAACUCACGAACUGCAUACAAGGGAAUGCUCCAAACUCACGAACUGCAUACAAGGGAAUGCUUCAAACUCCCAAACUGCAUACAAAGUAGCACUCCAAACUCCCGAACUGUAACCUCACGAAUAGCUGCUAGCAGACGAACAGGAAAAGCACCCAAGUGGCUUACACUCCUGGCAAUCAGUCUCUAACAGCAUACAGUAAAUCCCCCCAAAGACGAGACAGAGCUCCGUGUUGAGAGUCAAGCAGUGGUCCGUUUAAUGAGGGCUACCUGCCCAGUAUUUAUGCAGGUCUCCCACCUGGUGGACACUCCCCUAGGGGACCAAAUGGGAGACUGUGACAAAAGACAGACAGUCAGAAAAAUAGGACACACAGUCACAUUAUAUUCCCACAAUGCAUCCUGGCUUCCUCCCCUCUGCCCUGAAGAUAAUUAUUAGUUAAGCGUCGAACACCGCUGUGCGUUCGAGUGUUUAAAAUGGCCUCGACCUCGUGUUCGUUAUACGAAUGGCGGCCACCCAGUAUUCGUCAAUUAAGCUGCAGUUAACCGCAGCUUCUGGCAGGCUAAUUGCCGGCACACUCCAGCUCCCAGGUGGUCUAGUCAUUCGUGCGGUUGUUCGGUAGAUUGAAUCUACCGAACACCGGGCAGAAAAGCACGAAUAAGUCUUUUCUGCAGGGGAAACAAAGUCUUUUAACAUGGGGCCAUGAUCCAAAGGUAGCAGGCGAGCAACCAGGCUUCUCCAAUGCAAUGUGGCGAGAUUGCUCUCAUCACAUCUAUGUAGCACUUAGUGUGCACACUUUCAAUUGAUAGCGCUGCCCUCAUUUUUUUCUUUCUACUUCUGUUAGUGGUAACCCGGCUUGGAGCUAUCAGCUCUAGGAACGGUUUUGUUUAAUUUUUCAAUUUUGGGUACUGAAGUAACGCUUUCCUCAUAUUUAUUGUGGCCAGAUAAACUAUAGAUUGUCUCUCCAAAAUAUGUUUCCUGACUUUGAGACUCUAUUUAACUUUAUCCCAGUUUAAUUUUGGUACUAUGUAUAAAUAAGCUGCUUUCGAUGUAAUAGUCUAAAAUACAGCCCUUAUUUAUGACACAUUCACACUUCCAGCUUUUGCAUUAUUUUUUGUUAUAGUAUGUGAUUCAGGAAGGUUAGUUAUGGCUAAAGCAGUACCAAUACAUCCGCUAAAACUAACAUGUUACUUCACUGAGUAUUCAAUACAUGGCUAAUGUCUUCUUUUCAUUGCUUUGUCUAUUGAUCUUCAUAUUCAUGCAUUUUUACCGUUUUGGUAUUACGUGAACGCUUUAUGUACUGAGAGUAGAUAUAUAGGUGUCUCCUAUUCAGAUGUAGGAUAUGUCUAGUUAAAUUGGGUGAAAUAUAUAUAUAUAUUUUUUUUAUUUUUAUUUUUAUUUUAUUUUUUCUUCGCUCACAGUAGACUGUAACUCUAUCGUAGGUAUCUACUUUCCAACGUAAAGGGUGGAAAAGGAAUGCAAAGCUACAAAAAGCCCUACAAUGCUCCUUCUCUGCCAACAGCUUUUUUUAGAAAAGGGGAAUAAAUACCGCGGCAGGAGACAGAUUAUUUAUAAAGAAAUCAGCAGCACAGCUGGAGAGAGGGGAGAAAAAACUGCAGUCUGCAUCCUUGCUACAUAGAUGAGCCUUUGAACACCAUCCCAGAUGUACACGGACAGUGUACCAGUACUAUACUAGCCAUGGAUGUUAAACUGAUCCACUUUAUAUAGUAUGACAAAUAAAUGGAACAAAGUAAGAUGCUUAGAAAUGUUUUUUUACUAGAGGUUUUUUUUUUUUUUUGACCAAUAUCUUCCAUUACGUACCAAACCCAAGAACAGUUGAGUAUCUUGUCUGAAAUGAUAAACAUAAAAUAAUUACUUUACUUUAUUCAAAGGACUGGCCUGUGCUCUUUCAUGACAAGUGUGGCAUUUGAUUAAUUAUGUAUUAAGCACUGAGGGAUAUAUGAAGCUUGAAAUUAAACUCCAAAUUAGUCAUUCGUGAAGAUUACUAGGAUACGUCACUCUCAAAAGCUGUAACAAGGUAUUUUAAAGAGAAAUUGGCCAGCAGAUGUUAAAUUAAAUAGAACUUAAUGUUUCAGAACUCCUCUCCCAUCAAUCUGAGCCUCAUCCCAGCUGGCACCCUGCCCAGAUUAUAGACUUUGCAUAAGGCAGUGUAAGUAAUUCACGCACCUAUCGGUGAAAGCGAGGACUGUUUGCAACUUGUCUCAAGACAAUGCAAUGUAUAGAGCAGUGUUUCCAAAACCAGUCCUCAAGACCCAACAGUAGUCCACGUUUUGCCAGUAUCUCCAUUGGAAUAAAACAGGGAAAUACAUAAAUCCUGGAUUGUUGGUGGGCCAUGAGGUUUGGGAUCCACUGGUAUAGAUCAAUUGGGGAAGCAACCUUUUUGUGGCAGAAAUGCCCAAGUGUCCAAUGGGAUUCAGGAGAUUUAGGUAUGAUUUGCUUGACUGCGCUCUGUAUUGUGUCUGUAAUGGAAUUUUUCAAAGCUCCCUGAGUUACAAUGAAUGAAAGGUUGGUUAGUGUUCAGGCACACAUGUUAAGAGGGCAUGGAUACCAAAAAGUACUUAAAAAAAGACUCAAGUCCAUCAAAAAAUCAUAAAGUUGUAAAUUGUAAUGAACCCUUUUCUGUACUGUUAGCAAAAUCUCCUUUCCGUUAUCUAUGCAUGACUUCUCAUCCUUUGUACAGUCCUGUUAAUUAAAAGGUAGCAAGAGUGCCAUUUGUAGUUUCCGUGUAUAUAUUUCUAUAUUGUUAUCCUAGCCCUUGUGAGGGACAAGUUUCUCUUAGCCAUUCACCAAAACUAAAAUCUCCCAUUGCCGAUAUAAAUGUUGUCAUAGAACGCCAUGAUUAUUGGCACCCAUGAUGAUAGCCAACGUUGGAUGAGCUAAUCUAAAAGAAUACAUAUGAUGUUCUUACUGCAUAUCAACAUAAGCUGAUAACACAUUUUAUGUUACACUUUUCGUGCUCUACUUAAGUAAUUUGAAGUGGAAUCAAACAUCUUCUCAGGAAGUUACAAAAGGUACAGCAGAAUGUUUAUAGAUUCUUUAGCAAAAUGUGUUAGCCUUGGUGUGCACUGCAGUUUUCUGCCAGUCCUGGGUGGUCAGACGUCUUGCUGGACUGUAUUCACCCAUCUCUGUAUCCAUCUGUUUUUCAGUUGUUCCAUAAAGGGAUCUGGAAUAUGCGUGCAGCUUUCCAAAUAUUGUCCAGGAAACGCCAUUAAGCUAAUAGGAUAUUGGGGAAUGCUAGAAGCCCUCAACUCUUGUGUAAAUGUGCAUGUCCAAAAGCCAAAUGGAUUGGAGAGAGUUUCUUUCCACGCAAAGUCCAAUGUGUAUUUAAAAACACUGAGAAAGUUUGGAGCAAUUGGCAGGAGAGAGCUUAUGCAGCUGGAUGUCUAGUGGCACAUGUGUGGAGUCUUCUGAUGCGAUCCCUUUUUGUUAUAUGAGUGCUUUGUUCACCUCUGUGCCAUUUAGCAGAUACUUGUGUGCUGAUGACACCUUUGGCAGUUGAAAGUUACAUAUUUCAAUUCUUCUGAAUACUUGCCCCUGGGUCUGUGUUUAAAUACUUUAUAAAUGUUAACAGAGUGCAUAAAUCAAGUACUGAAACCAUGAUGUACUUUAACCAGUUCUGCUUGGGCGCUCUGAAGACCCAGUACAGGAAGCUAACUGUGUAAUUGUAUUAAAUAAAUGUUCUACACGUUCACAAUUGUAUGUUUGACAGGCCUAGCUUGUGCGUAUCAUAAAUCGAAACAAUAUGCCUUGUCAUUUAAAAUUAUAAUGUGCCAACGGAGUCUCUAUCAAGAGUUGGCUACGGAUCUAAAAUGUAUAUAUAGUGACUGUUAAUUCUAUUUUCAAUUUUCCACUGCGGAUGCAAUCCUGUUGAGUGAAGUUUGCACAGAAGUGUUGUGCUCCUGGAUAUUCAUGCUUUAAUGGCUUUGGUGUUAAAAGUUCUUUAUCAAAUUUGCCAACAAUCCCAGACCCCAUGAAAACGUAACCCCUGGUUAAAUCCUAACUGUUCUCAUGCUUUGUUUAUGGUAUAUGGCAAGACUACAUUAAUAAUGCUCUGCCUCAGGGGGUGGGAUUUUAGCAGAUGCUUUGUCCUUGAGGUCCUCACAGACCUACACAAAUAAAUGUAGAAUUUAGAGUACUGUUGUGGUGCUUAUCUUCAAUGGCAGUAUCCAGGUCUCCUGCCUUCCAGGCCUUAUCAGCAAUCCACAUUUUAAUGCUGAGGUUCCUUGCUCAGAACAGGACUAGCAGUCCCCACCCUCUGCCCCUUAUAGAUCGAUGGGAGUAAUCCAUAGUUCCACCAUGGUGGCUACAGUUUUACCUGGGACACAUGGCAGCAUGAUCUACUGUCUGCGAAUACACCACUCACGGAUGAUGGUGGAGAUUUCUAAGCUGAUGCAGGGGGAAGGAGGAAAUGGUGCCUUACAGCCAUGUGGAGAAAAGACUGACCGCAUCAGCUCAAUGACUGCUUGAUUCUGAUCAAAACUUCACAUAAAGAUAAGUCAAGCAAAGAAUUACCGCAGUCUGUAUAUCCUUUAAAUGGAAUACCUGGGUGUGCAUGCUGGUAUGUGCCACUUUCCAAGCAGAUGCUAGAGUGCGCAAAAGGGUGCUAUUAACUUCAUGAAGUCGUGUUAUUGCCCACAGCCAGAAGUUCUGCCAAGAUACCUGUCUUUAUGCUGUUUAUUGUACUCCCUAUUUUGUUACUUUAGUAUUAGGAAACAAAUAUAUAUAUUUAACUAUAGGAUGCUGAAAAAGCCACAAACACAUUGCAUGUCUGCUGUGCAUUUACUCAGAUACAGCCUCUUUUUUUGCCUGCAUUAUUGAUGUGGACGGAUUAGAAGAACGUGAAGCACCAGGCUUGAACAAGUUGCGGUUGGCAUGAUAUAUGCAGUGACCCCUUACCUCCUGCUUCUUUUACGUUUACGUUGAAAUAUUCAAUGCAGUUCGCCCUGGAGUAAAACACAUCAAAACAUUUUUAUUUCUUUUUUUUAUUCUUUAUUUUUGCAGUGCAUAUACAUAUAACAGUUGCCUAAGAGGCCAAAUUUCUCCGGAUCCUUUCCUGCAUGCGACCGGUCAGCAUGGCGGUCCGGCCCCGCCCCCAUCAAAACAUUUUUUAUCCCAAUCCAUCAAUAACGAAAUACACAGAACCAUCUGCUUACUAACUUAUUUUCCAUUAAAGCCAUCUGCUCCUUGCUGUUUGGAAGUAAUUGGAUAUAAAAUACACAGGGACUAUAUAAAGUUAUUUGGGUUAAGGUGGAAGUAAAAUCGCAAAUCCGUAACCAGUGCAUUGUUAAAAACAACCAGUGGAGACAUGAAGACAUUGUUGACACUGGCUGAAUGAUCUAGGUGGUACAACGAUUUCCUGUGUCCCCCAUGUGCCCCCCUAGUACAGGUUCACCCUAAAAAUCAGUGUGGGAAUCUCCACAAGGUGCUCAGUUAUGCGGUUACACGCGUGCUUGAAGCCCAGCUUCAAAACCGUCAUGUGUUCUUCCCUUCUUAUAUAUAUUAUAUAUUAUUUUUUUCUGUCCAAGCCUCUUAUUUGGAUUUCGUUGAUGCUCGUGUUUAUGUUAUCCUCUGUUUUACAACACAAUUAUUGGAUGAUAACCUACCAUUCCUAGCUUUCUCUGGAAGUAGUGAUUCACAAGGGUGUGCUCUUUCUCUUCAUCCAAAUUUCCAGCUCAACGGACACUGUUUGCAAAUAAAGCUUCCAAACUAAGGACUAACACCACUCAAUGGAUCUUAAUAUCAGGAAACAACCCACAUUAGCAAUAUAGGUGAUGCCAGGCUGGCUAUAGGCAAAGUACAGUUUGGGAGAAUGGGCAUUGAGAGAACCACUGUUCAUUUUAUAAAAUACAAAUCGUAUAUUUCAAAAGAUACUUUUAACUUUUGUCUUGGUAGCUGCUAUGACACGCUCCCAAUAUAAAAAAACAUAAAACACAAGUAUUAAGACGAUAUAGUUUACACAUAGAAAUUGGCAACAUAUACCAUAAAUUAGCCUGGUGCUACCAGGACAAAUAUCGCAAAAUUAUAUAACUGUACCGGUGAAAAUGGACCUGAUUUUCACGUAUACAAUAUCCGGCUUUACAUGAACCUGUGCAUAUGUCCUGAAUAUUAAAAGAACACUAUAGCGUUAAGAAUACAGACAUGUACUCCUAACGCUUAUGUGUCCUGCUAUCUCCCGCCCUGGGAGAGGUUGAAAGGUGAGAGAGAAGCCUGCUUUCCUUGCGGCCGCUUCGCCUUUAUUGAUGAUCGCAGCCAAUGCUAUAAGGGAGCAUUGAGAGGUUAGUGUGCGGCAUAAUGUUCUGCGUCAAUCAAAUGUGCCCUCUAGAGGAAGACGGCCACUAAGAGUUGUGUUCAACUGGCCAUAUUUUAUAUUGCAAGCCUGAACAGACAGGGGCACUGCACCCAGACCAUUAAGGUGAAGUGCUCUGGUUAUCUUUUGUGUCCGUUUAAUGAUUCCUUCUUUCCCUUUUACUAUUUUUUUUGGCUGUCAUUGCCAGAUCCUGACAUGAUCAUUUCUCCUGGCCCUGUUACCUUGCAAUGCUAGCUAGUUAUUUUUGGAUAUUUUCCUUGUGCACAAACAUUCUCUGGUUUUGUAUUUAAUGUGGUCCUUCAACUAACUGUCUACCACAUAUUUGUUCAAGCUGCUAUAGCUCUGAUUCUCUUUCUAGUGUUUUAUAAUGAUCUACAUCUGUAACAAUACCAAUUCCUUAACGUAGAAAUCUAUAAAAGGCUACUUACUCAUGCUUUUUUCUUUAAUAACUUAUAUUAAAGAAACACUCUAAAAUUAAAAAAUGUAUUUUUAGUAUUUCAGUGCGUCAUAUGUGGACUAUGUACCCUCUACUUUGUAAUGAAAAAUAAAAAAAACUAUGUAUACUCCCCCCAAAUACAAUCACCUGAUAGCCAUGCUGACUCUCUGAAAACAUUACAUACUGAACCUUCUUUUAGACUGUAGCUUGUUCUUGAGCAGGGCCUCUGUUGCCACUACCAUCAGUUACUGGUAAAUCUUGUUAUAUGGAGUAUGUAGGUGCAUUGUAAAUGAGAGAGACUGAUAAUGUGUGCACCUUUUUUUUUUGUUAAAAAGUUGUGAUUUAUUUUUUUUAUCUCUCCCAGCUCCAGUUCCUGUGACCUGUGCCAUGAGGGGUCUAGAUUUAAAGAAGGAGUCUGCUCAUGUUCUGUGCCCCCCCGGCUGCACGGAGCAACAGCUUUCUGUGUACGGAGACAAAAUCUACGCAGCCGUGUCCAGCGUUUGUGGCGCAGCCAUACACAGGUACUUGGAGACAUUAACCAAUUUCUGAUCAUUAAAUAAUUCUCGAGUUAGUUUUAAGAAUUCUAAACUUGUGUGUAUCGAUUGGGGCUCUAUUACUCCAUGAAAAAUUCCUGGUCAAAGCAGAACUAGUUGAUCAGACAUUAAAAAGCACUCCAACAUUGGCAAAUAAAUCAAAUUGCUUUUUGUGAGACAAAGGAUGUUACAAUUUGCAUGCAGGAUGUUAAUAUCAUCAUGAUAUAAUGCAGUAUGAAUAUACAUUAUACAGUGAAGGGAACUGCACUCCUUUCAUCAACUACUUCCUUAGGUAACGAAUUGCAGUAUGCACGUGGUGAUCCAGGCCUUGGGUUGAUUGCAACCCCCAAUUACAAUGUUCUGGUGAAAAAGAAGGGUCCAGACAGUCAACGUAUUAAACCUAGACAGCCAUUUAAUGCAGCAUUAUGCAAGGCCUUGUCUGCAUUGAUACAUUGAGUGCCUGGACCCUUUGAUUAUUUAAAUUAGUGUAUCAUCCCACAAAAUGUACUAAAACUGCUAUGAAAAACAUGAGUCCUCCAUAUGACGGGACUUUUCCCUUGUACCUUUUCCAUACCCUUGUACCUUUUCCAUACCCUUGUACCUUUUCCAUACCCUUGUAUCUUUUCCAUACCCUUGAACCUUUUCCAUACCCUUGAACCUUUUCCAUACCCUUGUACCUUUUCCAUACCCUUGUACCUUUUCCAUACCCUUGUACCUUUUCCAUACCCUUGUAUCUUUUCCAUACCCUUGAACCUUUUCCAUACCCUUGAACCUUUUCCAUACCCUUGAACCUUUUCCAUAUUCUUGUACCUUUUCCAUACCCUUGUACUUUUUCCAUACCCUUGAACCUUUUCUAUACCCUAGUACUUUUUCCAUAUUCUUGUACCUUUUCCAUACCCUUGUACCUUUUCCAUACCCUUGUACCUUUUCCACACCCUUGUACUUUUUCCAUAACCUUGUACCUUUUUCAUACCCUUAUACCUUUUCCAUCCCCUCGUGUGCCUUUUCCAUCCCCUCGUGUGCCUUUUCCAUCCCCUUGUGUGACUUUUUCUUAUGUUUUUCUGGCCCUAUUAGUCACCCUCGCCCACAUGCUUUUCUGUGUUUCUUUUGUGGUCAUUCUUUACUUUGUGCUUUAUUUUUUUCCAUUGUUUAUAUUUUCUUAUUGCCCCCCUCUUCAAUAUGUAUGUACAUUUCCUUUCUUGUUCUGGCCCUCUUUCAGGGAUAUGUUCUUGUGAGCCCCUUAUUAAUUCCAUGUGUGUCUUUGCUAGGUACAUUUCCCGUAUGUUAAAACUUUUAUCCUACCCCCUAUCGAAUAAGAGACUCCGCUUUUGGUGAUUGAGCAGCUUUGUGACUAUAUUGGUAUUGUACAAUUUCUGAAUUGUUUCUGUUUGUUGGUUUUCUAUAGUUUUUGGGCGGAGUGUUUUAUAAUAUUGUAUGCACAUUGGACUGGUUGGGGGAUUUCUUGUGUUAGCAGUAUAAGAUCACCUUGCGGUCUGUUGCUGUUUUGACAGAGGCGUGAUCUCCAAAAAUGGUGGAAAAGUGACCCUGCGUAGACUACCUGGUCAACAAAAUUACCCAUCGGUCUUCUCUAAUGCAGUGCAAUCCUUGACCCUCAGCAAGUGGUCGUCUUCAUUCUCAGUUUCCAGUAAGUUAGUAGGGGAGAUGUGUGCUUCAGGGAGCAAAUAAAUACGUUUAGAAUCUUUGUUUUUACUUCCUUCCUCUUUAGUAUAUCUUUUUAUUUUAAUUUUAUGGAACGAUUUAGCAAUUUCAGAAUAAUUAUUUACACCAUUUACUAUAAGCAUAUUAAAGGGCAUGCUCACUCAAGGUCAGGCUUCCCCAAACUCUGGCCCUCCAGAUGUUGCUGAACUACAACUCCCUUGAUUCUUUGAAUGAAAUGGGCUGAGAAUCAUGGGAGAUGUAGUUCCGCAACAUCUGGAGGGCUGGAGUUUGGGGAAGCCUGAGCUAGGUUAAUGUUUGUUUUUUACGGAAUAUAUUCCUGACCUCCCUGUCAUAAAAUGAUAUGAGAAAAUGUAAAGUAAUUCAUAAACCUUUGCUUAGUAUAUGUUUAUGGGGAAUGUAUUGUUGCUCUGGCAUCAGAUUCACGCAUUAAAGAUUCAUACUUUAGUUUUAGGAAUUAAAACAUGUAAUGCUAAACUGUUAACCUACCUAUUUGAGUUAUUGGGGCCCCAGAACUAAAAAAAAUGAAAAAAAUAAUAACCUCUCUGGCUUUCAUGUUGAUAAUCUUAACAAAUCCAAUGCUUCCAAGUAGAAAAGCAUUUAGAGACUAGUGAGCAUGCGCGGAAAAUCUCCUCAAUGCAACAAUCUGCAUCACCUAACAGAGAUGCUAUGGAUAUCCGUUCUGUGGCUAUCUGAGUGACAGCCAACAGAUGUGGCAUUAGGCAGAAAUGUGAGCACUGCCUUUUCUCGGGAAAAAGCAGCAUUUGCACUGCUGAGACUGCAGUGAAGGUAUAUUUAGCCCAAAACCCCUGACAUAAAGGAGCACUCCAUUGGCCAUAUUAGCAAUAAAUUGAAAUCACUCUUAUUCAAUACAUGCAUGCAUUUUCAAGCACAAUGUAUUCAUUGGGGGUAUAUCUUAAAACAGUUUGCAAAAGCAGCAGUUCUUAUGAACUGCAGCCUUUGCAAGACCUUUUUCCCCGGAAGAAAUAGACAGGGAAAUAGACGGUCUGAAGCUCUGAUGGGCUACUGAUUUAAGGUCUGGACACUGGUCUGAGGUAUGCAGGGAGGAAGACAUGUGUGCUUAAAGGGAAACUAUACUGCCAGGAAAACAAACUCUGUUUUCCUGACACUGUAGCUUCCCCUUCUGUCAAGGUCUUCCUCCACCCCCCCACCUCUCGGCACUGGCUCAGCUCCUCCCACGCUCCUCCCCCACCGACAUCUCAUUCAAUGCUUUCCUAUGGGGAUUCCGGCGAUGCUGGAUGUCCUCAUGCAAUGUGUGAGGACGUCCAGCGUCGUUUAGACGACCAAAAGUUGCCUAAGAACUCUGAAGUCGCUAGUGGCCAGUGGAACCCAGAAGUCCCUCUGGUAGACAGGCACUAGAGGAGGACGUAACCCUGCAAGGUAAUUAUUGCAGUUUAUAAAAACUGCAAUAAUUACAUGCUCAGGGUUAAGGGUGAUGGGAGUUGGCACCCAGACCACUUCAAUGGGCUGAAGUGAUCUGGGUGCCUACAAUGUCCUUUUAUGUAGAGCAUGCCUGCCACUUCUGCUAGCUAUGGGGAACUAACGGAAGCAGGCCGAUACCUCUCCAAGCUGUUUGACAGCCAGGGAGGUUCUUCAUGAAUUGUUUAUAAAAGUGCCUAAUAGAAAUCAGCACUCUUAUAAACUGUCAUUAUGGGACACUCCACACCCAGAAAGCUGACGUACUUUAUAUAUUUGGAGUGGUCUGUCAAGUUGUAGUAUUUGUGCUGGUGAGUCUCUUUAAAUGACAUAAGAGAAGCUACCGGCCAGGCUGCAGUAUUUGAAGGAUGGUGUGGGCUUGUAGAUGGGGCAAUUUUCUUUUUGCAAACAGCAGCAGGUGGGAGUGAAUGCAGUGGACAGGGCAAGGUCCCUCUAUACAUCAUAACUUAUAUAAGGCAGAAUUGUCAGUGCAAAUAACACUGUAAAUAAAUUGAAGAACAAGUUGACAAUAUCUUUCCGCUGAUAGUGUCAAGAUCAUAAGCGAGCUAGGAUUCACUUCUUACUGACCUUACUUCUAUCUCUCCAGCAGCUUGCACAAAGUAACAUUCUCGGGAUAUAAUCUCAGCAGUGCCAAUGCUGAAAUCUGCAAGGUUAGAGGAGAAGGGAACCCAAGGUGUGGGUCCACACUAUUAUCAGAUAGGGCCAUAUGUAUAGCAUAGUGUGAUAAACCACAUAUGUCCCUUUAAAUGACAUAACAUACUAGUGGAGAUCUGGGUGAGCCCAACGGUUUGUGGAUUUAAUUUCUUUUUUAAAUACAAAUAUUGUAACUCCUUUGUCACUAUAUUUGCAGUGAUCAAAAAGAGCAGUAUAGCAGUAUCAAUAUUGUACCUUUUUUUUUAUAUAAAUAUGCGCCACUGUGGGUAUAUUUUUAUGACUAGUGUGGAAUUAAGUAGAUGUUGGCAAAAAGCAUACUGUAGAGUAAAGGUAAUAAAUAGUUAAGAGCUGUAAAAAACAUAUGUAUAUGGUUCGUAUAUUGAUUGAGUAGGUAUUUUUUAGAUGUCUGAAGGUCUGGUAGCAGCAGAGAUCAGUUAUACAAUAAGUGCUUGAAAAGAAAAAAACAAACAAACAAAAAAAAUAACCUUUUUAACCAAUUGGUUUUAAUGGUAGACUAUUAAACGUGCACAGGUUGGCCCAGUAAAAUAACUGUAGAAAUCUACAAUAACAUAUCAUUUGACCUGUCACAUCCAAAAAGUGUGAAACCCCUCUGCAUGCAGAAUAUUACUGUACCAAAGGUAUUUUAGAAAAUGCCACACAGCAGUGAGAAUAAAAUAUAUAACUGCAAGUUGUGAUGGAAACUGGUGGUAAAUGCCUUGAUUGUUUUUAUGUUAAUGUUCUAUGGUUAUUGAGUAGUGAUGUCCCGAACGGUUCGCCGCGGACUCAUCAUUCCAGCCAAUCAGCAGCAGACCCUCCCACCUCCUGGACAACUCACUAAGAAUGCAGCUUCAAAAUGGAUGCUGUCCAGGAGAUGGGAGGGUCUGCUGCUGAUUGGCUGGAAUGAUGAGUCCGCAGCGAACCAUUCGGGACAUCACUAUUAUUGAGUAGCAAGUUCCCAUAGAUGUCAGUGGGAAAAAUAUCCCGGUUAUAACAUUUCUCUGGUGAUUGUGUUAAAAUAAUUUAAUACGUUUUGUGAGUGCAGCAUAAUGCACAUAUCACCGAUACUGAAAAAUAAUUAUGUCUGCAGAGUUCAAGAGUCGAGGGUUGGAGGUCUCAGGAAAACCAGUAUCCACUCAGGCGUCCCCUGCAAGUAAGUAACGUGCUGUCCUGCAUGUGUGUGCUGCCUCCCACAUACAUAUUUAAUAAGCUACACAAACAUAUGUAAAACAAGCCAAUCAAGGUCUCUAUUCACAUAAAUCCCUCUUCCCUCCUUGCCCAUAUACAGUGGAACAAGACAGGGUUGCUCUCUCCCCCCACCUCCUAUUUGCCCUUUCCCUAGAAGCCCUGUUGCUGGCAAUUUACUCCAGCCGGGAUGAGUAGGGACUAACGAUAAGAAGAGAAGGUCGCGAUUUAUGCCAACCUUGUCCUUAUGACACUCACAAACCCAGAAUCUUCACUGGAAGCCCUCCUAGACCUCUUGCACAGUUACUCAUCCCUUUCAUAGUAUCAACUGAACCAUACCAAAUCAGACCUACUUCUACUAAAUUUGGACAAAUACCAUUUACAACACAUACAAGGCAAAUUUUCUUUUCACAUAUGCCCCUUAAAGGACCACAAACUCGUUUUCCUGGCACUGUAGUAUUAAUAGGUCCCCCCCUCCCGCCGGGCUGAAGGGGGAGGAAGGGGUUAAAAUCUUACCUUUCUCCAGCGCCGGGCUCCCUCGGCACUGGGGACUCUCCUCCUCCUUCGGUCGUCAUCGGCUGAAUGCUCAUGCGCGACAAGAGCCGCGCGCACAUUCAGUCAGUCCAUAGGAAAGCAUUCUCAAUGCUUUCCUAUGGACGCUGGCGUCUUCUCACUGUGCUCCUCCUAUUGGUCGGCACUUACUUCCAGGCGGCCAGAGGGACCCCUGUGGCUGUAAAGCAGACUCACAGCCCCAGGGAUUCCACUUGGCUCGCGCCUUUCUCCGGGGCUACCUCCACUUAGGCAGCCCUGAGGAGACUGCCCUCGGGCAGCUACAAGCCUGGCCUUGCAGCUCCUGGGUAGGGAAAGAAGUGAUUAUAGCUCUGUUAGGAGCAGGUAGGGCGAUUCCGACACGGGGACCUGGGACAGUACGGGCAGGCAUGUUCGGUAUACGAAGUUCCCCCUAGGUUGGCGUUCGGCUACACGAACCGGCAGCCCCCCAGGGGAGCAUUCGUUAAUGAUUUCCCCUGCGGUUUAGAACAUUUUGUUCGUAUGAGCUCUCCCGAAUGGGGAACAGGAAAAAUACACGAAAUGCAUACAAAUACAUGGGGAAACACAGAGGGAAUCACACAAUACACAGGGAAAAAGACACAAAUAAGCAGUGGGCAUGGUACUUAGUGGCGGUGGUACACCACAGCCCUAUUCCCAGGUGAUACAUGAAGGAGGUACUUCCACACUCUCCUCCUUUGAGUCUGAUUGUGUCCAAUCACCCACUUGGAAAGGGCAAAUCUCGGACAAGUAUCUUUCUAUAGCCGCGCUUUCCACUCAUCUCUUACUCACUUACAUUGCUGUUUGCGAAGCAGACCUAGGCGUACCGAAUGAUCCUACAGAUUUGUCUGACAUCUGUGAAUCCACCUCCUCAUCAGUAUUUGUGUAACUCAUUUAGAACAAGCGUAUAAAACACUCUUUAUUUAGGUGGUACUUAACUCCCCAACGUCUAGCAGCAAUGAAACUUCUUCCCUCUAACCUAUGUUAGAAACAAUGCAAAGAAUCAGGGUCUUUCAUCCACUGCUGGUGGAGCUUCCCCAAACUCAGAACACUCUGGACAAGCAUAACGUCCUUAAUAUCUAGACUUUUCAACAGACCCUACCCAUUAGAUCCAUGGGCACUAUUUCUAUAAAAACCUGUGGAUUUCCUUACGAGGAAUUAAAAUAAACUUGCAGCCAGAAUCACUUAAGCCACACGUAGAGCCAUGCGAAAACACUGGGCGACACCUAAAAUCCCCUCCUCCAAAUCAAUCUACAAAAAAUUCCAAGACCGUUUGCACCUGGAUAAACUGACAGCACAAAAUCAUGAUACCCUGAAGACUUUUCAUAAGAUUUGGGAUCAUUAGCUGAAGGGAGACACCUCUCUACUGUGGUAGGAACACUCUUCUUCUGCAUACUAAGCCACAUAAAACGCACUCACGAUUACAAACCCUGGACAACAUGCGAUUAUGCUUUACCUUCCCCACUUUUCCCUUUCCACUCCCCUCUAACUCUCUUCUGGAGGGCAGAUUGCAGACACCCAACCCCCAUUAAGUUAACUUUAAACACCUGCACCUCCCCUAACAGUUUAAUGUUCCCAAACUAUUAACCCAAAAUUUGGAUGCUCAUUGGGCAGUUUUUCUAAGAAACAAAAGCCUAAGAAACUUUCUCUAAGAAACUUAGCCACCCGGAAAAAUAAUUUCUGCAUUGACUGCUGCAAAUACCUGCCUCGCAUAAGCUGCAUAACUCGUACAUGGUACAUCCAUCCCUUUCUCCCGAAUCAUAUGUAAAUGGGUUAUCCUUAUGGCUAUGAACCUUCGCUAACAAAAUAAUCUGGACUGUACAAAUAUACAUGGCUCCUUCUACCAUAAAAGUCUACUGUCAACAUCAUUUACUUGUGCCACCGAAGAUGGCUUCUUACUUUUCAGUCAAUGGAUCCAUUGACUGAGAAGGUUACUAUUGCCCAUUGUUCACUAUUUUUGUUUCUUAUCUUUGAAACCCAGAGUAAAUAAUUUUGAGAAUUCCUGGUGAAGAGAUAAUGCUGGUCUUGUACUGUCUGGGAGCUUUCUUUUUAAGUUGUUCUCCAUUUAGUAUUUAUUUUGUUGCCUGAUGAUUGCUUGUGUUUCUACUGAUCUUACGUGCUAUGCAGUUCUACUGACUUAGAAUGCCACUAUGUUUUGAUGGGGUUCUUAACCCAUUGAAGAUCGUAAUCCAAUCUGGUCCCCUUACAUCCUGUAUUACUGGAAUGUUCUGUUUAAUGUGCGUUAGUAGCUCUGUACAUCCCCGCAAUUGUCAGGUGAUGGAUAAUUUAAUUUUGUUGUAGGAUUUUGGCUGGUUUGCUGCAGUGGAAUUAAGUUGUUGGUCCUCAAGGGGUUAAUCAGUUGGAUGAAAUCCAGUCUUUCUAUGGCCGAGUUAGAUGCUGUGGAUAUUGAGAUAUUUAAUGUUUAUCCAUGUGUAUAUUAAGAUAUCCCAUGAUAGUUCCUGCUCUAGUCAUGUAGCCCCAGUGUUCCUGGAUGUCUGCCAGUGAAGGCCUAAUCGUCCUCGUGGAUAAUAUCCUUGUGACAUUGCCAAGUGUCUUGUUUGUUGAUGAUGUACUUAAAGGAUUCUAAAGAGAUGUUGUUGGCGAUGUUUAUUGUGCUGGGGAAGCCUUCCCUGCUGACACAUGCCAUUUCUUCUCCGCUGCCUGUUUUCUAUAUGAGUAUUAUGUUGUUUCCAUAUAUUCUCUUGAAGGUUUAACUUGGUCACGCCACAUUACUGUGAACCCAUCUCUAUUACUCUUCCAGUUUCAGUGAAGUUGGGGGUUUUAAAUGUAUUAGCCUGUGCUGAUUAUUUUGACUUGGGGUUGUAUCAUUAAUUCAGUUGUUGAGUUUUGUAGGUUUGUUGCUGUUAAUAGUGUGGGGACUCUGAUUAAAUUGUAGAAGAGAGAGGUUCUGAGCCUCUCAGUCUUCUCCUAUAAGGUACACCCAAGCCAGAAUUGAUGAAUAUCUUUGUAUGAGACAGGUGGUUAUUAGGGGUAGACUAAUUUUCACUUGCAUGGGGCAUGUAGAAAUCAUAUUACUAUUUUAAGCCACAGCCAUUGGGGUUAAGGCAGAUUAUGUCCAUACAUUGUACAUUAAGGUUGAUGUGAAUAUAGAAAACUUGAUGGUGUAGCAGUGAGAUUAUUCUGGGGGAAAUAUUAACACACCAGGGAGGUGUGAAUUGUAUUUGAAGAUUAUUUGGGUAAUAACAUUUUGGGUAGAGCCAACAUAUUCUGUAAUGCUUGAAGAAAUCCCUGCUCAAAUGAACUUACAGUCCGAGGAUCGGAGGAAGACUGAUAUAUAUAUUGUUAGGUGUCCAAGCACAAUAUAUAGUGUUGGGUAGGUGUUGAGAUAAAAUGUUCAAGGAUAAAUACCUGCGGCUAUUCACAUAUUUUUCUUUGUGGGUUACAGGUAGACGUCAGAAGAAGACACCCGAGAAGUCAACAGGAAACAAAGGUACAGUGUAUGAUUAAAAGAACCAACAUCACAGGGUGUAGACAAUCCUGGAGUAAAAGGCCGUAUUGUUGAUAAUUCACAAUGUGGGAAGAGUUUUUCAUCCAUGUACACAGAGCAGAGCUACUAAUUCUUUAAAGGAAACACUUCAUAUUAUAACUAAAAUAACUGCGGGUUGUCACUAAAAGGGAAUACAGUGAAUCUCUGAUACAGUAAAUACAUAUAUUAAUCUAUUCUGUGCUCCCCUCACCUUCUUCUCUUCAUGCAGACUGUAAGGCUGACAUCGCCUUCAUUAUUGAUGGCAGUAAUAAUAUUGGACAGCGGCGAUUCAACUUGCAGAAGCUCUUUGUGACAAAGGUAGUGCAGAUGCUGGGAAUUGGCACAGAUGGGCCCCACGUUGGACUGGUGCAAGCAAGGUAAUGAUUCCUAUCUCUCUGAGUGGCAGCAGCUGUUUCAUACAGUCAAAUACUGGUCUAACUUAUCGUCUUCUCAUUCACAGUGAACAGCCCAAGACAGAGUUCUUUCUCAAAGAUUUUGCUACUUCAAAAGAUGUCUCGUUUGCUGUGAAGGAGAUCAGCUUUAAAGGGGGGAACUCUAACAUAGGUGAAUAAAAAUAUUGUUUCUCAAAAGGACAAAUAUAUAUAUAAUUAAUUUGUGCUAAAAUAGUUUUAUAAUACUGUACAAAGGAUAUGUAGUAUGUUAUUCAUAUUGGUGUGUACGUUUCUAAAACUGUAAAAGAGUCCACAAAGUAGAUAUGGAUAACGCAACCAGUACAGUUUUUUUUUUUCACCCUCCUCCUUGGUAAUCGUAAAAAACACCGAACCUCUAUGUCUCUCCUCUCCACACUGCCAGGCAAAGCGAUAAAGCACGCAGCUCAAAGCUUCUUUACUACUGCUAAUGGAGUGAGGAAAGGCAUCCCAAAGGUCAUGGUGGUGUUUAUAGAUGGCUGGCCUUCUGAUAACAUUGAGGAGGCUGGAAUUGUGGCCAGAGAGUUCGGAAUCAACGUCUUCAUUGUGUCAGUGGCCCCUCCCGCACCCGAGGAACUAGGAAUGGUGCAAGACGUGGCAUUUAUUGACAAGGUGACAAAAAAAAAAGCCAAUAUGGCCUGAACGUUUCUUAAUUUAAACUAUGAACAUGGGUAAAAUGUUGGUUGGCAAAUCUUGAUUGGGCUACACUAUAGGUCAGAUAAAGAAUAUAUUUAGUAUACUGGUUUAAUUACAUCAGUGGGAUGAGAGUUCCCAAAUAAUGCAAUGCUGUUUGGCACCAGCUAAAGAUAAACACACAACCAUACUAAGAUUUCAUAAUGGUGAGCCUCUCAUACAGUUGAGUUAGCUUUUAUCUCUCCUCCAUCAUGCAUCCAUACUAUCAUCAAACACAUGUCAUAGUUGACAACCCAAUACACCUUAAAGAAACACUAUAGGGCAAGGAAUACAAACAUGUAUUCCUGACCCUAUAGUAUUAAAAACACCAACUAGUCCCUUCCCCCACCCCCCCUCCUCCCUACAUAUAGUAUAAUCUUACCUUUACUCCAGUCUGCUGCUGCAGUUCCUGAUGUACCUGCUUGGCUGACAUCAUCGGAAGUGUUGUUCAAUACCAAUCACAAUGGUUUCCAAUAGGAAAGCAUUGGAUUGUCUAAGAAUAUCAACAAGGCAGAUCGAGGCAGAGCCAGCACAAGCCUUCUGUGCUUCUCUUUCACCACUUCCUCAGCCUCUCUGUGUAUCUUACACUCCCCUCAUCUCUUAAUGAUCUCUUCCACUUACCCCGUCCCUUAGUGGACUCAUCUCCACUUCUCCCCCUGUCCCUUAGAGGUCUCCCCUCCCUCCUGUCCCUUAGUGUUUUCUUCUCCCCUCCUGUCCCUUAGUGUUUUCUUCUCCCCUCCUGUCCCUCCGUGCUCUCCCUCCCCCCCAAUCUUUCCUUUUGGAGGGGGAGGAGAGACAACUAUCUGUCCCUAAGCGGCCUCUCCUCCCCCACCAUCUUUCCCUUUUGUGCCUCCUACCUCUUUGUAGCGUGGCACGGUACAGGUGCGUCUGUUUCCUGUAAACGGCCGGACUAACAGGAAGUGCUCACUGAGAGAACACUUCCUUUCAGUCCGAUCGGGUACAGGAAAUAGACACUCCUGUAUCACCCGGCCACGCUACACUAAGUGACAGGUAGGAGGGAGUACUGUGCGCUUCCCUCCUACCGGAUCACUGAAACUGGCGCCCCCCGGGCCGGUGCUCCCUAGGCGACUGCUUAAGUCGGCUAUAGAACGCGCUGGCCCUGCUCACCCUAUCACAUUUAACCCCCUCCUCCCCCAGGUCCUGUAUCCCUCUCCUUCUCUUGCAUUGUCACAUUUACCAUAUCACAUUAAAUCACCCAAAACCCUGCCACACUCUGUUGCAUUAACCCCCCUUUAAACUGUCACACUCCCUCCUCCAACCAUGUCACAUUCAUUCCAACCCUUUGAUACUCAAACACCCCCUCUCCCCAAACUAUGCCACACUCAUACUGUCCCUUUAGCCCACUUUAAUCCUGUCACACUUACCUCACCUGUUUCUGGCACAUGCACCCCAACUCUGUGAUAACCCCUCAACCCCUAUGUUGCCACACUUAGGAUGAGUGUGCAAUGUUUGGGGGGUGAGAAUAACAUGGUGGGGGUGUGCCAGAACAAGGUGAGGUGUGUAUGACAGGAUUAAGGGAGGUAAAGUGUCAGGAUGAGUGUGGCAUGGUUGUGGGGCAAGUAUCAUGUACUGUCACAUUCACCUCACCUUGUUCUGACACACUCCAUCCCCCAACCAUGCCACACCCAAUCUGUCACUUUAACAUUCCUUUAUCUUGUCACACUCCCUCCUCCAACCAUGCCGCAUUUACACCCCCUUCUCGACCCCAACAUUGCCACACUUGGUUUGUGAUACUAACACCCCAACCAUACCACACUCAUCCUGUCACACUCACCUCAUCUUGUACCGGUACACUCCCUCCAACCAGGCCACAUUCACCCAAACUCUGUGAUAAACCCCCCCACCCGAUCCCAAAGUUGCCACAGAGUUGGGGUGAAUGUGGCCUGGUUGGAGGACGGUGUGUGCCAGAACAAGAUGAGGUGAGUGUGACAGGAUUAAGGGGGGUUAAAGGGACAGGAUGAGUGUGGUAUGGUUGGGGGGUGAGUAUCACGUACUAAGUGUGAUAACCCCCCCAACUCGACCCCAAAGUCGUCACACUUAGUACUGUCACUUUAUCCCCCUUAAUCCUGUCACAGUUCCUCCUCCAAGCAUGCCACAUUCACCCCCCCUCCGACCCCAACCAUGCCACACUUAUCCUAAGUGUGGCAACAUUAGGGUCGGGAAGGAGGGGGUGAAUAUCACUGUGAAUGUGGCAUGGUUGGAGGAGGGAGUAUGACAGGAACCAUGUCACAACUAUGUCACCUUAACCCCCUUUAAUCCUUUCACACUCGCCUUGUUCUGGCACACUCCACCCCCGACCAUGCCACACUCAUUCUGUCACUUUAACCCCCCUUAACCCUGUCACACUCCCUCCUCUAACCAUGCCACAUUCAUCUCAACUCUGUGAUAAUUCCCCAUCCCCAACCAUGCUAUACUCUGUCACAAUAAUGCCUCCUGUCACACUCAUCCCCCAACCAUGCCACACUUGCCCUGUCACACUCACCUCCCCCCCCCAGCCCUCUAAUACUGACCUUACAUCAUUUCACCAACACCCAACCACAGUUUCCCCGUUACUCACCCUGUCACAGCUACCAGCUAAAGACAUUCACCAUGCCCACACAGUCAUGUUUGUGUUUAUAGCUGCAAUGUGAGGUAGGUAUGGUAUAGGCAAUGCAAAGGUCAAGUGACACUAUAGAAUUAAUUUUUCUUGUGGGCCCUUGACCUUUGCAUUGCCCAUACCAUAACAUCCUCACAUUGCAGCCCUAGAUACAAACACACAGAUACACACCCCUUGUAGAGAGAGCGCGCAUGUGUGUACACACAUAUACAAGGAACAACACAUAUAUAUUCUAUAGGACAAUAUAUAUUCUUAGGGAUUAUAGAAUAUGUGGGGAAAACUAGACUUUUCUUAUCUGUAAGUAUGUAAUGUUUGUUUUCAAUAACCUGUUUACGCAGGCACUUAUGUAUUCACGACUGCCAGGCUAUGCAACCAAAACCCUGCAAUCAUGUAUAAACGACAAGCAUAAUUGCACAUUGAAUUUGUUUGCAAGUUAUGCCAGAACUAUUGUCAUUAGAGCUCACAAUGCAGCAGCACAGGGAGCCGCAACACUGCAAGCCUCUGAACUCUGAAUACAAAGACCAGCUCUCUGUAUCCAGUGUUGAAAGACCGCCCUUCAAUAUAACUACAGCUCCUUAUACACACAAGAAGCAACCCCUAUUUUAUUUUAAUUUUUAAAACUAUGGUUGUUAGUGGGGGCCUCAUGUUUGAGUUUCGCCUAAAGCCUCACAAUGUCUAGAGCAGCCCCGUCUAGGUUACAUUAUGAGUAUUUCCAAAGGAGAAUGCUUUAAAUUAAAUUGACAAAUACUGCUUCUAAAUAUGAAUUUCUUACUGUAAAAUAUAUGAACCAUUUCAUAGUCAAACAUUUAUUGCUAUGGUUCCUCAUGUGUGCUAAAUUAUUUUUACUGCCUCUGGGUUUCUCCUAGGCUGUCUGCCGAAACAACAGCUUCUUCUCCUACACCAUGCAAAGUUGGUUUGGCACCACAAAGUAUACAAAACCUCUUGUACAGAAGCUUUGUUCACAUGAAAAUCUUCUGUGUAGCAAGACCUGUUACAACUCCGUUAACAUCGCAUUCCUGAUUGACGGUUCCAGCAGCGUUGGGGACCUGAACUUUCGCAUCAUGUUGGAGUUUAUAAUGAGUAUAAUCCGUGCUUUUGAGGUCUCCGAUGUGGGCGCUAAGGUGGGAGCUCUCCAGUUUACUUAUGACCAACGCAUUGAAUUUGGUUUGAAUGACUUUGCCACAAAGGAAGAAGUAAUGCAAGCACUGCGAAAUAUCCGCUACAUGAGCGGUGGUACAGCCACGGGAGAUGCUAUUAAUUUUGCUGUCCGUAACUUCUUUGAACCAAUUAAGGAUGGGCACAACAAGAACUUCCUUGUUAUAAUCACAGAUGGUCAAUCCUAUGAUGAUGUCAGAGGUCCAGCAGCAGCUGCCCAUAGAGCAGGUAGGGCACUGAUUUCCCCCUAUUCCAUUAUUGUUCAACCUAUACAAGUUACAUGCCCAAGGCAGCUAUUAAUUCAGUUUACAUUAAACCAGGCAAUUACAUUUUUCAUUUUGGCCAACUGGUUGUCAUGUAUACCUGAAUCUGGGCAGAACAAACCCUGAUGCUUUGCAAGAACAUAAAAAUCACCACCACCACCCGAGCGAUGAGUAGCCCUGCACAGAUGUGUUUCAGGUGGUACGAACAAAUCAAAUGCCUUUUAAUCUGCAACUGUAUAAAUUGAUCCUACUGGAAUUUACCUGUGGAGUCUUAUUUAUUGAUAGAGAUUGGUAAAUCCAAGAAGGAUCAAUUCACUGGGCACAGCUUAAAAGGGCAUCUGAUUAAUUCGUAUCAGCUAAAACAUCUGUGCAAACGUCUAUACCGCAGAGUACUCUCUGUAUCUUGGCUUUUGCAAUUAUGUGGAGCUGCUCUGGAAAGGCCUUUAAGACUGUCAGCAGGUGGGUGAUUUCUCUAGAAAGCCAAAGUUUAUUUUCUCUAGUUUGUACCUUACGAGAGAGUUUAACCUGAUUUUUCUAUUUGCAGGGGUAACAGUGUUUUCUGUUGGUGUAGCAUGGGCACCUCUAGAAGACAUCAAGGACAUGGCCUCUGAACCCAAGAACUCGCACACAUUCUUCACAAGAGAAUUCCCAGGCCUGGAGCAAAUUGCACCCAGCAUUACUCGUGGGAUCUGCAGAGAUUACCUGGAUGCACAGAAGUAAGGAAGUCGGGCAGAGCCCCUAUGAGAGGACUGCGAGUGGCAGUUUUAAGAUAUAGACAAGCUGUCUUUUCUGUAUCAGGGGAAUCAGGGUGAAUGCAGUACCCAGGCACAUCAGAUAGAGGUGCAUUUAACAACGUGUCAGGGAUGAACAACAAAUGACAGCUUAGAGGUAUAGCCUUUUGUUAUUGCCACACUGAGAGAGUUCAAUAUCAUUUUAGCUACUUUUCACAGCAUAUCUGCUAAAAUGUAUCAGCUCAAAUUCUGGAUUACUCAGACAGUUUUCUAUACAGUUUCAAAGGGUAUGCUGUUAUGGCUUUUAAUCUAUUAGCAAACAGGAAUAAAUCCAUUAAAAGCUUUGACCUUCAUAACAGGAAAAGGGCACUAUAUAUAUAUUUUUUUAUAAAACACUUCAGUUAUUCGUUUGUGUCAUUAAUGAGAUCCUAUCAUUGUGUAGCUUCCCGCUUGCCCAGUAUGAUAUUGAUAGACUACAAAUGUAUUAUCUAAAAGGCGACUUGUCAGGAAUUUAAGGUGGAAUUCAGGUUGUAGGUCAAAAUAUCUGAAGAUAACGUUUCCAACCGACCUAUUUUGGUCUACAAUCUAAAAUUUACUUUGAAUUCCCGACAGCCAAAACUUUGCAAAUAACUGUAAAUUGUGAAAAUGAUGUUCUUUUGGUUUUGCAGUACAUGUUGAUGAAACCAACCCAAAAAUAAAUAGAAGUUUAAAACAAAACCACAGGGUGGCAGUGUUGUACCCAAUUCACCCACAUUCUAACGUUUUCAGUUCAGAACACUAAGAAAUCAUUCACAUGGAACAGCAUAACAGUUCAUGUAAAAGAUACAUUACAUUUUCACCUACAAAUCAAAGACUGAAUGAAUGAACAUAUAUACGUAUGGUCUGUGCAGGUGGAUGUUUGUCAGGGAUACUAUGAUUCUAUUCAUUUUCUCACUCACAUUCAAUGUCUAUCUUUCUAGCCGCCAAAACAUGCAAACAAUGUGUGUGUAUAUACUUGUAUCAUAACUGAUGCAUAGAUUUGAUAAAUGGGUUAAGGAGACAGUGGCUCUGAGCAAUGUACAUUAUUCCCUGGCUUGAAGUUGAUUUUGUGUAGUCCCAGAAUUAAGCAACACGUGUUAUGCACUAACAAAAUCUAAACUGUCCCAAGAUGCACAAAGCAAGAUAUUUAGAUUUUCUUUGUCUACAACCCCUCUCACCAGAACGGCUGCUGUUGAGCUUUGGUGACCCCCUGAGUGCUCAAAUUGUUUUACCAAAAACAGAAUGGCACCAUAAACACUACAUCAGCCUCAGGUUGUUACACCAUUUAUUCAGAUUAGUCUUUUUUUUUAUUUUUUAUUACUGGUGUAUUGGUUAUGGUGCCACUAGGCUGCAGAUGCUGUCAUUGUUCUUAAUGAAACCAUUUGCGCAGUUCUGGUGAGUGUCGGACUAAAUUACUAGAAAAUGGUUUAACUAUAAACCCACAGCCAAUUAGUGGUUACAAUGUCUAGGCUAUUCUUGUAAUAAAAUCAAUUGUAUACAUGAAAAUACUUCUCGUAUUGAAUCCUAAACUUUCUGAGUUGAAAUGUGAAAGCACAUGCAUUUAUAAAAUACGGAGUCCUGCGCUGCUGUUCUCCAUGUACACUAUAAAAAGCUGUGUUUUCUUUCCUUCUAAAAAAAACUAAAUGUAUUUUAAUGUAGUGAAGUCAAAACCCUAAACUUGGCCUAGGAGCUAGAAACUUAUUCAGAUCACUUUCUUUGUAUUUUUGUCUGUGUUGAAUAUGUUAAGUUCAUAAUAAAUCGAUUCAACCAGGUAUACAGGUACACCAUUUAAUAUUUAUUAUAUGCAUUUUAUAUACAUUAUUUUUCAACAACUGUACUUCUGCAUUUGUGGUACAAUCUUAAAAAGUUGCCGAUUUGCAGUCUGUAAAACGAAAAACCUUACAAAACUCUCAAACUGAUCAGAAAUUUAUUUUUCUUUUGUGGAAGACUAGAAAAAUUAUGUGAAACGGUCUUAGCCAUGCAUAACACAAAAUAAAAUUAUUUAGCUACACCAGAAACCUAAUAGUGUUUUAGUAAUGGUGAAAAUGGGUGCAGGUGGGGACUAGACAAAAAGUCUAGACAAAUGUCAAAUGAAUCACCUGCAGAUCUCAAACUGCAAGAAAAAGGCUAAAAUGGCAAUCCAUGUGACAUUCAGCCUUAUUCUACAACUUAACUUCACUUAAUAUCAGGGAUAGCCUGCCUUGACUGGGUGAGCGUUAUAUGAAAAGAAAUAUGAGGGUUUGGUUAUCGAUUGUUCAUCCUUGAAAAUGAAACUCUAUAGUAAAGAAAGCGAAUGUACCAACGUACUCUCUGCAUUGCUGGAAUUUGUCACACGGGCCACAAACCGUCAAAAGUCCUUUGUCACAUAAAAAAAAAAAAAAGCUGAAAUAAAUAACAAUGAGCUGUUGUAACUAAUCAGGGAAACGUUCGGAUAAAUUAACUCGUUGUUAAAGUAAAGAUACAAAAUAUCACACAGUGAUAGAAUGCUGCGAUUGUGAAGGAGGUGGGAAGGAGCAAACGGCAGAGUGCCAGGACCCCGAACUUCUGCCUGGUCGUAGCACAACCAAAGUGGUCAGUGGAAGUUGGAAUCAAAUGCCCAAUCACGGGCAGCUUCUCCCCCCCCCCCAUUUACCCAAGACACAGUAGUUGCUAUUUAUUCAAAGGAGCCAUGUGCCGGCCCAUUGUUUGAAUAAAAGGUCUGCUGUGCAAGGCAAAUUUGUGGUAAGUCCACUCUAACUCCAGGCUAUAUGUUGCUUUGUAGAUUGGGGGGAGGGGGGACAGGGGAGUUCACAAAAACAAAUUUUCCUUGUGAAAAGUAGGAGGCAGUAUAAAAAGCUGUAAAAUUCAUUUCACUUUCAGAUUUUAAUAUGGCUGAUAAAAACACUGCAAUUCUGCGACCGCUGAAUAAUAAUUAAAAAAAAAAAAGUAACAAAAGCUUUAAAUCUUACAGUUCGACCCAAACCUUGUGUAUAUGCAAGACUAAUGCUAAAAAAAUAUAUAUAUAAGUACACACAAACCUUCCUUGCAAGAGGAAAAAAAAAAAAAAACUUAAAAAAAAUCUCCACAAUGUCUUCAUUGGCAGCCAGGCACUGAGAGAGUUAACACUGCCAAAUGUUCAUCCUUGCAAAAGAUAACAGCUUGUGGAGAUCGGCAGAGCACAAUAUACAACAACCUAUUCUGGGAGAACAUAGGACAAUGCUAGCUGAUACAAGUCCUUCAAAGUUCUGGUGAAACUUGUCAAUAGAUAAAACCUAGUUAAAGUCACAGCUGCAUUAUUAGAACAUGAUUUGCAGGAGGUGUGUGCAUGCCAGAGGAUGGGACAUGACAGAGUCCACAUCCCUGUGUUAGUUGCUUUUCUGAAAAAUGAUGGUUUAGGGUCUGAAAUCAAAAAGUACAAUGCAAAAAAAAAUAAGGACUAAAUGUGUGCAUACACAUAUCCACACACACACACAUCCUGAGCAGGAGUUAUAAAUACUGGUUACUUGUAAAAUAAGAUUAAAAAACAAAAAGGGGUUAAUUACAGUGAUUACAGCCCAGAAUUGAGCUGCCCUGAUAUUAGAGGAUAUGGGGAAGAGUCUGCUGCUCAGUAACCAGUAUCUCCCUGUCCUGCAGAGGGAGCUCUGCCUUGUAGUGUCAGUGAGUGGGUGGCAGUGAUGUUUUAACAUUUUAUUUAAAUACCACUAGUGCCUUCUCAAUGUGUGUCCCAAAUGCACUGGCAGCUCUCAGGGGGGUAAGUCACACGAAGACCUUGGCUAGGGCAUCGGCUCCAGCACUGGCAAUGAAUGCUUUGGAUGGGUGAAAGGCAACAUCGUAAAUGGACUCGUCCAACUUCUUGCGGUGUGCAGUAAUCUCCUGCACACACGUCUUGCUAUCCAAGUUCCACAGUCUGAUGGAACAAUCGUGGCCUGAGAGAAAACACGAAGGGGUCAGAUUUGUUCUAAUACACAAUAUAUGCUUUAAAUUCUCUA